GAGCAGAACUUCUACCCCAGCUGAGAAGGGCAGCCGAGGAAGAGCCGCUGCCUGGCGGGGGAGGUCGGGGGGCGUCCCGGCGCCAGUCCCCUCGGCGCGCUCCGCUGCCCGCCUCUUCUCCGCCACGUCGAGGCGCUGCUGCUACAGGCGGACCGGGCGGCUGAGCAGGCGGGCGGCGGGCUGGGCCCUCCGAGGGAGCCCAGAUGCCGCGGCGGCGGCGGCUGCCUGCAGGCGCCAAGCGCACGGCCACGCGGGGCUCUCUCGGCAGCCGGCAACCCGGCGCCGCGCCGCAGCCACUGGGAAGGCGCUGCUGCCGGCGGCGGUCGGAGGUCACGGAGCGCCGCGUCCCGCCUCCGCCUCUUCGCCGCUGCUCUGGCCGGGCUGGCGGCGGCGGCGGCGGCGGCGAAAGCGGAAGUCUGCCUCUCCCGCCGCCUUCGCCGUCGUCGCCGGGCUGCAGCCGUCGGAGUGCAUGGAGAGAUCGGUCGCCUGAAUGGGCUCCGGUAAGAGGCAGGGGACGGGGCGACGGAUCCUGCGGGAGGGAGGGCGGUCGGGCGGGGAGGUCUGCUGCCGGGGCUUCUCCCCGCCAGCCCACGCGGCUGUGCACUUGCACCCUACAUUUCCAAAGGCUUCCUUCCUCCAUCCAUCCUUAAGACGAAAUCCACGCGCAUCGUUCUUCCCGGGCGCGCAUCCCUUGAAAUGCCCACGCACCAGGUCAGCCCUCCUCAAGCCGGUGCUCUCCAGAUGUUGUCAGACUCCAACUCCCAUCAGCACCAGCCAGCAUGGCCAGUACUCGGGAUGAUGGGAGUUGUGGUCCAAAACAUUGGGUGGGGGCGCAAGGUUGGAGAGGGCUGUGCUAAAUUUAAACGGGUGCAUGUCUGUUUCAUGGGAAUUCACCUUUUGGUUGGGGGGGAGGAAUCCAAAUGAUUUUAUCGGAAAUAAUAUAACCCUUUCCAUAUUUUUGCACUUAGCAAGGCAACGUGGAAACGCAGGCAGGGUAGAAACAGCGCUCUGGAAUGCAGUACUGUAUGUCUAAAUUUUUAGAGUAUGGAUUAAACCUCUUUUUUUAGCCACUCCCCGAUUAUGCAGCUCAAGUGGGUGAAAGGGAAAGCCUGCAUGUCUGCAUGGGGUGGGGGAAAUGUGUUGCAUGUACACCUGUUAGUCACAUCUAUGAAUUGGUCUGUGUUUCCCUCCCUUCUUAAUUGGUUUUGUGUAGUUGGAGGGAGAGGAAGGGAGGAGGAGGAGGAGAGCACCUGUGCUGAUGAGCAUGUGGUGUCUAAGAGCCCUGCAGUGAAACACAUCAUUUUGGCACAAUUGUGUCAGCGGCAGUGGGGUUUUCUAUUGAAACUUUUAAAGCAUCUGUAACACAUUGCAUGCGUAAGUACAGCUACAAAAGCAUCUCUCUCUCUCAUUUCCUGCUCCAUUCCUGGCACAAGGGAUGGGGCCACUUGCAGCGAGAAAGCAGAUGGGCUUCUGUUUCCUACUUUGACAUUAUUUGAUGGGAGGAGGAAAGAAAGACAAUAAAAUAAUAUUUACAUGCUAAUCGUUGCUGGGUGUUUUAUAACUGCACAAAUGGUAGCAGAAGGAGAGUGGGGGUUUGUUUUGGUUUUGGCAAACUUAGACAAUUGCAUUUCAAAACCUGGUAUACAUCUAAUUGAUUUGUUCUCUGCAGCCCCGGAGGGUAGGACUGGGUCUAAUGGGCUUAAGUUACAAUAUGGUGGACUUCCAUUGAACAUGCGGGGGGGGGGGAUUGAUGGGCAGAGCAGUUUGACCAUAGAACUGGUUAUUUAGAGGCGUGCUGGGCUCUCCCACACUGGAGGCACACUGGAACAUGGGAAGCUGCCUUAUAUUGUGUCAGACUGUUGGCCCAUCCAGCUCAGUAUUGUCUACACUGACUGGCAGCAGCUCUCCAGGGUUUCAGGCAGGAGUCUCCCAAGUCUGCCUGGAGACACCAGGGAUUGAACUUGGGACUUUCUGCAUGCAAGGCAGAUGCUGUAAUAAAAUAUUAAAAGCACUAUAUGCAAGGCCCCAUACUUAACUCAUCUUAAAUGAAAGCAGGACAAGUCAAUCCUCUGCAUCAGCCUUCUUCAACUUAAUGCCCUCAAGAAGGUGUGAGCUACAAUUGCCAUCAGCUGUAGCUAGCAUGUCCAAUGGUCAUGGCUGGUAGGAGUUGUAGUCCAAAACAUCUGGAAGAUACCAGGUUGGGACAGAUACACUGCAUGCAAUGAUGCAGUUAAGGAUAAUUUUAGGCUCUGGACUUCAGAUUGCACUAUGUAUCAAUUUAAAAUGUCAAAAACCAAGCCUGUUGCAUUUUGGGGGUUUUCCUGCUCAUUCUGUUAAGCAGGACCCUGAGCUUCUGCCCCAAAGUAUUGUCUUGAUGAUAUCAUUCUGUUUAUAUAUUUAUUUAUCUAUUUAUCCCUCUGUUGGGGAGCCCCUUUGUUCCCAGCACAAGGGCACUACUCCUCUUCUAUUUUGAUUUCAACCAGGAAGAGACUGAAUGUAGUGAGGGCAUAAGUCAGGUGCAUUUCCUGUGCAGGAUGAGAACCUGUAAUUGGCAGAGGGUUGGUGUUCUCUGAGUGUGAGACAGGGUGCAAGUGUAUGUCUGGGUGGGUCUUGUGUUCUUUUAGUAAAGCUGUUCAUAAUGUGUGAGAUACCUUAUAGGUCACUGAUUGACUGGAGUACAUUUUUGUCAAUAGGCUCCUGUUGUUUACAUCAUAUGCUUGGGAUGGAGGAAGGUGAUGGUGUGACUGUUGCAAGUACUUUUGGGUGAAACUCAUUAUCUUGACACAUUUCAGUUGGAGUUCAGACCUGGUUACAGGACUGAAUCAACUCUGGUCGCCCUGAUGGAUGGCCUUUGUUGAGAGAAAGGCAAAGUGAGUGUGACCCUAUUACUCUUCCUCAGUUGCUUUUGGUGUCUUUAACCAUGAUACUGUUAUGUACUGAAGUUCUCACCCUGGGCCAGCAGGGGGAUACUGUAAGUAGUUUUCACUCAGGUCCACAUAUGCAAAUAAGGGAUUGAAAGUGACGUUCGGUGAUUGGAUAGUUACAGAAAGUUGUUACUGUUGCUUUGUAGUUGAGCUCUAUAUAAGCAGGUUGGCUGAACCCUUCAGCUCAGUGCUGUUCUGGGCCUGUGAAUAAACAAGAGCUGUUUGAAGAAUCGCUGUGUCGUCUGAUAUGUUCACCCACAACUUAACAGAUACCUUCCUGAAUUGGCCAUGUGAGAUGAGUACUGAGGCACUGUUUCACCAGGGUCAGUUUCAGAGUUAUCACUGGGUGAUCACUUCUUGGCCUCCUGGCAGCUGCAUUGUGGUGUGGCACAGGGUGUCAUCCUGUCCCCAUUAGUAUUUAACAUCUACAUGAAACUGUUGGGAGUGAUCAUUUUGAAGUUUGGUGUGAGAUGUCACCAGUAUAUGGAUAAUCUAUUUCUCUAUAACAUCCAAAUCAGGAGAGGCCAUAUAAUAUGUUAACAUUUCAUACACCAUAUAGGAAAAUAAAAGCAACACACCAGUCCCCUAACCAGUAACAAAAAGACAUUAGUCAUUUUCAGACAAUAAACUCACACCCACUAAACAGCAAAUAAACACAAACCAGUAGAUAAACAAACCCCCAAAACCAUUCACAUCAACCCAACAGCAUUCCCACCCUUAACCUUCCCUUUCCACCCAGAAGUCCACUGUCAGGCCAGCUGCUGCAAAUCAGUGCUGGGUGGAUCCAGGGUCCUCCAGGAUUUGUCCUCUCCUUUCAGCGGGGAGCAGUGGCAAAGAGAAUCACAGUGCCAUCCUAACCAUGUCUGCUCAGAAGAAAGACUUAAUUGAAUCCUGUGGGCAUGGAUCUUCCUUGGUAACUGGCAGAGUUGCACCCUUAGCGUGCUCACUUACACAGCCCACAAUUGUCUCUGCCCCUAUGAAGCCUUAAGACAGCAAAUCCUUUGCCCACUUAGAUGGGAGUAAGCCCCACUGAAGUCUCAUGUCUUAUGCUUGAGUAGACAUGAAUAGGAUUGCCCUGUAAGAGACCAGAAAGCUGUGCACAUUGCUCCCUAAAACAGGAGGCUUUCCAAAAUGUAAGUGAAUGACUGGAUUUUAUUUCCACUCACUGGAGCGAAUGUUUAAUGGAUUCCUAAAAUCUGGCUAGUAAACUGAGUGGGUGUGCUUUGACAACGUCGUGUACCACUAAAUGACAUCUGCUGUGCAAACCAAAACAAACUGUUAUUAAGACUCUUCUCCCCCCCACACACAUACACACCAAGUUCUUUACCUCCACCGUUCUCUUUUCUUGGGAAGCAUUAUCCAUCUGGGAAGAGGCAGCCAUUAUUCCAAUCUGCAAAAGUAAUCUGCCAGUGUUUACGAAUUUGUUUGCUCCAGAGAGUGCAUGUGUGCAUGUGUCCGUGUGGGAGAUCAGUAGCUGCUUUAAUAGUCAGCAGUUGCUGUACUCUGAGAACAUUCCCUUGAAAAUUCCCACAAAGAAAUCGAUCAGGAAAGGGGAGAGCAAAAGCCUUGCUGCAUUCACAGAGCUGUUUAUAAGAUUGCCCAAACUUUUAGCCAGCUUCGGUAAUGUAAGCCUCGUUAAAUAAAAGAGAAGAGUUGUCCACCCAUCCCCUCUCUUUGAGCAGGGUUGUCCCAAUUCACUGGCCAUAUCCCCUCCUGGCAGUUGCCUGCUCUGCCUUAAUAAGAAACUACAACUCUGUGUUUAUCAUUUAUGUGUCAGUUAGGAUCCCUGACUGCUUGCAUGCCAGUAAGUCCCUUCCUCACUAACAUUGUAGUCACCUGACGGACAUGGCUAGCAGCAACAUCAGUGCUGGGUGUGUGACCAACAGGCAAGAUCCUGUCCUACUCCCCUUAUAUGUUCAGUGGACAUAUACGUGUGUGUUUUGUAUAGCCUGGUACUUGAAGACCUUUUAAUGUAUGUGUGUGGUGUCUGUAUCUUGGUAGUUUGAAAUUUGCUGUGCAGGCACACUUGCUCUUAGGACAAUGUAGCAACACUUGUGCCUUGGGCACCCUUGACCAGGGCAGGGGCACCUGUGGUCCUCCAUAUGGGCUACAGCUACCAGCCAUCAUCCCUAACCAUGGACCUUUGCUGGAGUCCAAACACAUCUGGAGGACCAAAGAUGGCCACAUCACUACCAUAGAGCUUACUGGGUUUACGACUGUUGAGGUUCAUUGACAGCAAUUUCUUUCAUUUGUAGCUGUUAGAGACUCGGGCUGGGACUGGAGAGGCCCUGGUUCAAAUUCUCACUCAGCCAUGAGGUUCAAUGGGUGACACUGCAGCCUCUCAGCCUAAUCUACCGCACAGGGUUGUUGUGAGAGUGAAAUUGUGGGGCAGGGGGAGUCACGCACACCGCCUUGAACUCCCUGGCCAAAUAGAAACAAGAUUGGUUGGUCUGGUGGUCAUUCAGGCUGGGAAGAGCUUGUGAAACCAGCUUUCCUGAUCUGGAAGUGGAAACAAAAAUAGAAGGAAGCAGAUCGUUUCAAGGGCCCAGUGGCAGAGCACGCCUGCUUUGCAUGCAGAAGGUCCCAGGCUUGGUCCCUGGCAUCUCUGCAUAGGUUGGGCAAAGGCUCCUGUCUGAAACUUUGGAGAGCCGCUGCUAGUCAACAUACACAAUACUGUGCUAGAUGGACCAGUAGUUAAUAUAGCAGCUUCCUAUCUUCGCUUUCUGGGUUGAAUCUUCCUGUAGGUGUGAACGUUGCUGUUACACACAAAGGAGCCCAAUGAGAUUAACUGAAUUUACCUUGUCACGCUCUGAGUGGUGAAUCUGCAAAGCCUAUAUUCCUCUAAGAUAGGUGUUUCUGAAGUUGAGAAUGGGGAUCGUGUGGCAUUCAAUAGAAGAGAGAGGGGGCUUUUAGGGUAGUUGCUCUUGUUCUGUAGAACAACACUGAGAUACAACAGGCACCAGACAAAAAUGGAGGCAUUUCUUUUCUGACAGGCUUUACCAAGCUGGAUAAAUAAAUCUCUGUUAUGGGUGUCUGCUUUGGGCCAUUUUGAAAUUUCUCUGCUGCUAUUUCUUUUAUUUCUUUCAGCAGUUUUGUACUGAAUUUUGUGCAUUGCCUUGAAACGUAUGCCCAGAAGGCAAUAAAAUAACAAUAACAGCAGUGAUGAGGAUGAGGAUGAUGAUGAUGAUGAUGAGUGUGAGUGUGAGUAUGACUGCAAAGGUCUUGAUUCACUAGAGAACCAGGGAAUGACCUUGGAACAGCUAUAGCACUGCUGAAGCUGGACGUUUACUGUCAUCUAAUAAAUAAGUCCCAUGACUUCAAUGGAACUGACUCCCAGGUAAAUGUGAAUAGGACUACAGUGCAAUCCUAUACGCACACGUGAUAGCCAGGGGGAAAGAGUUAGAGCAGAAUAUUUCUGCAGCUAUUUAAAAAUGGGUUUAGAACUUGGUUACCACCAUUAAAGGCCUCUUUAAGUGUGAAUGCCAAAGUGUGAAUCUUAUAGAACGCUCUUACAAAUUGUUAUUCUGGUGGUGUCUUACUCUAUUGAGAUCCAACUGAACUUUCCCUGGGGUUAAUAAUAACCGCUGGCAGUGUAAUUCAAUGCAAGCAGAUAUAGGUCAUAUUUACUGGACAUGUCCUAGGGUCAUAACAUUUGGAAGCUAGUUCUUAAUCACAUAAAGGAAAUGGCAUGAACCCUAUCGUUGAACCCUUUAACUGUAUUAUUUUGUUAUGUCAGACCAAUAAUCCCAGCAGAUGAUUAGAACAUGCUAUUCUUACAGCAGAAAGGAGACAAUAAGCAAGAGGGGGAAGAGACAUCUUGUUAAUAUAAAAUUCUAUUAUUGUGGAUAUGAUCGAAUUAACAAAUUAUGUCGGUGUUAGAGAACACAGACACACAAAAAGUUUAUUGGAAGGUGGAGUAACUUCAUAAUGAAUUGGAACUUGGAGGUACAGGAUUUCCUGCCACCAUUUGCAGUACUGGGUGCAAUCUAGAAUCUUAUAUAAGAUUUUGAUGGUGAUGAUGAUGACUAAAUAGUACAGAUUCAUGUUGAUUUAUUUCCUGACUGGUGAGAAGGACACAAAAUAUGAUUCUUUUAAAAUAAUAUGGACUAAUAUUGAAUUUGUGUUUGCUGACUACAUUAAGUCUUUAUUUUAUCAUAAAUAUGUAAAAGAGAGGUGCGGGACCUGUAGCUCUUCACGCCCUCCAGGCUCCAACUCUCAUCAGCUCCAGCCAGCAUGGCCAACAGAGAGAAAUGAUAGUUGUAGGCAUGGAACUUCUUGAGGGAUGCAGGUUUCCUGUCUCUGCCAUCUUAAGAGGCAUUCCUUCCUGUAUGAGGAGGAAUGCCUGGUAAGGAUGGAUACCUCUUAUAAGAAAACAAACACAAAACACAACUACAUCAUCUAAAACCAAACAAAGGAUUUCCCCCCUUUCUCUCCUUGCUGUGGCUGAGUUGUAGUUCAGCAACAAGUAGUCCAUUUAGGUUGCUCCCUGACCAAGAAUGUGUCUCAGUUGCUUAUUUUGGAACACUUGGUAGUCCUCAAUUCCCAGAAAGGAAAUAUUUUAACAUGGAUUUUGUGUUUAAUUUCAGUAUGGGUUAGCUUAAAUUCUUGACACUUAGGUCAGGAACAGCAUAUUCUGAAGGAACAGCCCUGGUUUUGGGUGGCACACUCACUUGACCUCCCAACAACUUAAUUGUUGCUCCUUGCUGGGAAGGAAAGGGCAAGGCAGUGGUAAGGUUGGCACAGCACAAAAGCACCAGCAGAGCCAAUUCAGCCCUCCUGGUAGUGCGUUUCUACCAUGCCAACCUCUCCACUCUCUUUCCCAGUAAGCCGCGGUGACUCAGCUGUCAGGAGGUCAGGUGGGUGCCACCAUCCACUAUGGACUAGCCCUAAUACAUACGGAUUUGCUUUAGUGUUUACCCCUCACAGAGCUACAGUUCCCAGUAGCCUUAAGAAACAGCAGUUCCCAGGAUUCUUUGAGGGAAGCCAUGGCAGUUAAAGUGGCAUGACUCUGCUUUAAAUGUAUGGCAUGGAUUUAGCCCUGGGAAUGCUGGGAGUUGCACCUGGGGUCUUUUACUUACUAAACAGCGGCUGAGUCCUAGUCUUGUCUUUCCUCGCUGUCUCCUGGUUCUGAGCUUUGCAGCAUUUGCAGCGCUUCCCUUGGCCUUGAAAGAAGUGGCAUAUGUGACUGUGAAGGGCAGAGCUUCUUAAUUAAGCAGCUGCUGCUUAGCUCCCAUGCUCUUAACCCAUCUGGGAGCAGGGCCUUUAAGAGCCAGCUGAGAAUCUUUCUACAAGGAAUUCUGCCCCAGUUUUUGGCACCUUCUUGAUUAAAUGCACGCAAGGCACUGCCCGCUCGACGCCCUUUUCCAGAUCAUGCCUGCUUGUACAGCUGGCGCCUGUGCAAUCUGGGGCUCCAGAACCAGAGAGGCCAGAGGUUGAGAAAGCAUUUAAGUCCUGCCCAACCAAAUCCUUCAUCCAGCAAGACAGAAUAAUCCCUCUGUAAGCUGGACGCUGCUGCAGGAAGCAACAGACACGUUUGUCCAGUCUGAAGCUUGCUCUGCUUGCUCCGCAGAUAUGUGCAAGACUGAAUUUGGUCUGAGGGUGCCAGGACUCAGCAUGUAGGACCAAAUAAAUAUCUGGUAUAUCUAAAGCCUAAAGAGAUUUGGACCAGGGCAUCUUAAGGGCUGCUUUCAUUUGUUCUGCAUUUGAGGCCUCUUUCCAGGGGCUGUUGCUGAAUGAACAUAGAAAUCUGCCUUACACCGAGACAGAUACCACGGAUCCAUUUGGCCAAUCUGCACUAGGGUAUGGCACUUCUGGCCUGGGGGCCAAAUGCGGCUCUCUAGGCCUCUGUCUGGCCCUUGGAACCCCCUGAUACAACCCUCACCAAGGCCAGUCUACCCAUGAGGCAAAGGGAGGCAGCCACCUUAGGCAACAGGUGCAGCAGAUCCUGAUGUAGAUCUUUAUUUCCUCCUUGUUCCUAAUGUAGAUCUUCACUCACCCCUUCUUCCCUGGGAAGGAGGAGGUGCCAUUUUGUGGUUUGCCUCAGGUGCCAAAAUGUCUUGGGCCAGUCCUGACCCCCGCUGGCCCUACUUUCCACCCUCAAUGAGUGGUUUUGCCAGACUGUGGCAAAAACAAGCAAGUUUUUCUUGCUCUGGGUGGAUGAUUGAGAGGGUUGUAUGCAUAGGCAUAGAAACCAGUCUACCGUAUCAAGGUAAAAUUAAUGGUAGUUCCAUCCACUUUUGCUGCUGGCCACACCCAUAACUCACAUAUGGCCCAUGGAAGGUUGUCCAGCAGGGUGUGAGGCCCUCUGGCUGAAACAGGAGCUUGUCCCUGGUCUACCCUGACUGUCAGCAGCUCUCCAGGGUUUUAAACAGAGAUUCUUCCCCCAACUCUAUUUGGAGAUGCCAAGGAUUGAUAGAAUCACCUCCCAUACACUAUAUUAUUCUAGGCGUCCAGCCAAGACUUGUCUCUUUCAGAAAUCUUUUAGCAAAUGUGAUCCGGUUUUUAUGGGGUCCAAUUAGCUCCUGACUUUCAUGCUGCCUGGCUGCCUAUUUAUUGUUCUGUUUUGUUCCACUUUCCCAUGGGGGAGUGGAGUUGUUGCUCUGUCCUCUUGCCGCUUUUAUGUACCGUAUUUACCAAAGUGUACUGCCUAUUUCCCCAUUUUUGGAUUUUAUUCAUUGUGUUCUUGGUUUCAUCUUGAAUUCAUUUAUUUACAAUAUUUCUAGCCCACCUUAAUGAGCGGUGCUCGUUUUUACCUGGUUUUAAUUUUUUGUUUUUAAGCAAUUUUUAUUAUUUUCAUUAAACAUUGCACACACAAAAAAUCAAGACAAAACCACGCAAAGGUUUUUUCCCGCUGUUACAAACCUGUCCCAAGCAAAGCACAGUACAGAAGCAGGGAAAGUAUCUGCCAAAGCCAAUAAUUCCAUCUUCCCAUUGCCCCAAAGUCACAGCCUGUGCAGUCAAGGUCAUUUGAGGGUAGCUUCUGAUUGCCUUGCAUUGAACUUGUGUCAAGGAUGACUUGCACACUGUGGAAUCUGCACAAGUCUAGCAAGUUGGCAGGAGAGGUACCAACAUUUUGCCAGGCAUAACUCCUUUCCUAUUACACUAAUUAGAAUGUGGUCUGAGUCAUAUAACUGAUUUUAGCUUGGACUGGCGGAUUUGUCUCUUUGCUGUUUCUUUUCUCCUCCAAUUCGUGAGCAGCCAAGUAGUUUAAGGCUGCAAUCCAAUAUAUAUAAGCCCUACCAAAAAGCAAUGGGGCUUACUUCUGAAUUGUUAUGUAUAGGACUGCCCCGUAACAGGAUGAAAUUGCCUCCAGAUGUUGUUGGACUCCAAUUUCUAUCAGCGCUAGCCAGCAUGGUGAUGAUGGAGGCAAUCUGGAGGGCACCAGGUUGCCAAAGACAGGUCAGGGUAGUUAUACAGACCUCGUCCUCUUCCCUUAGGUACAUCAACCAUGAUUUCAAAAUUGAUGCUGUUGCAUAAUGACAAGAAGUGUUCCAUAACCUCAUCCCCCGUGCCCCUUGUUGUUGUUGUUGUUGUUUAGUCGUUUAGUCGUGUCCGACUCUUCAUGACCCCAUGGACCAGAGCACGCCAGGCACUCCUGUUUUCCACUGCCUCCCGCAGCUUGGUCAGGCUCAUGUUUGUAGCGUCAAGAACACUGUCCAACCAUCUCGUCCUCUGUCGUCCCCUUCUCCUUGUGCCCUCCAUCUUUCCCAACAUCAGGGUCUUUUCCAGGGAGUCUUCUCUUCUCAUGAGGUGGCCAAAGUAUUGGAGCCUCAACUUCACGAUCUGUCCUUCCAGUGAGCACUCAGGGCUGAUUUCCUUAAGAAUGGAUACAUUUGAUCUUCUUGCAGUCCAUGGGACUCUCAAGAGUCUCCUCCAGCACCAUAAUUCAAAAGCAUCAAUUCUUCGGCGAUCAGCCUUCUUGAUGGUCCAGCUCUCACUUCCAUACAUCACUACUGGGAAAACCAUGGCUUUAACUAUACGAACCUUUGUUGGCAAGGUGAUGUCUCUGCUUUUUAAGAUGCUGUCUAGGUUUGCCAUCGCCUUUCUCCCAAGGAGCAGGCGUCUUUUAAUUUCGUGACUGCUGUCACCAUCUGCAGUGAUCAUGGAGCCCAAAAAAGUAAAAUCUCUCACUGCCUCCAUUUCUUCCACUUCUACUUGCCAGGAGGUGAUGGGACCAGUGGCCAUGAUCUUCGUUUUUUUGAUGUUGAGCUUCAGACCAUAUUUUGCGCUCUCCUCUUUCACCCUCAUUAAAAGGUUCUUUAAUUCCUCCUCACUUUCUGCCAUCAAGGUUGUGUCAUCUGCAUAUCUGAGGUUGUUGAUAUUUCUUCCGGCGAUCUUAAUUCCAGCUUGGGAUUCAUCCAGCCCAGCCUUUCGCAUGAUGAAUUCUGCAUAUAAGUUAAAUAAGCAGGGAGACAAUAUACAGCUUUGCCGUACUCUUUUCCCAAUUUUGAACCAAUCAGUUGUUCCAUAUCCAGUUCUAACUGUAGCUUCUUGUCCCACAUAGAGAUUUCUCAAAAGACAGAUGAGGUGAUCAGGCACUCCCAUUUCUUUAAGAACUUGCCAUUUCUUUAAGAACCGUGUCCCUUACCCUACCCUAUAAGGGAAGAUAAUAACUCAAUAAAAUUCAAAACAGUAACAAUUAUUUGCAUGUAUAUUCAAAAUCCAAUUAAAACUAGUUCAGUUAACUCAACAAAAUUGAUGAAAUUGGUCCAGUUUGAUACCAGCUUUUCAAAGUCUGAUAGUCAUUUACACCUCCAGCAUCCUCCUGCUGCCCCCUUGCCUUUAGCCCACCUCCCAGGUAACCCCAGAUGGAGGUACCUGCCACUUUGGGAACCACUGUUCUAGAACCACCAUUCCUCCUGGCAUCAUCAUCAUCAUCACCAUUUGUUAAAUAUUGCUUGUGACCACUGAACACUGUAAAAAUGAGGCAAGGUUUUUUUAUGCAUGGUGAAAGCUUGUGUGGCGAUGGCUGUGCCUUCCUUUGCUUUGCAAGCGGAAUCCAUGAGCGGGGUUGGUGCCCUGAUUUUCUUCCGUUUCUUCUUUUUCCCCCCUUCCUUAGUGAAAGCAUUUCCACUGUAGAUGUGAAUCCUGUCACCUAUGGUAAAAAGUACAGCCUCCCUCCCACAUUCCAGGUAGGGAAAAUGAGAUGCACAGCACAGUGAGUGAGAGAGAGAGACCCUUGUUCCACUUGCAUGUCCUUCCUACAUUGCCUUCAGUGACCAGGAGCACCACUCUGGACUGGCAUUAAGAGCAUAUAAGCUACAGGCUGUGUGUGUUCUCAGUGGUUCCAUAGGAAGUACAGAAGAAACUCAGAAUAUGACAAGUGAAGGUUCUAAUCCAGGGGUGGCAGAACCUCAGGACCAGGGGUGGGACUCUUCCCAGUCCACACCGUCUACCCAGAGGCUAUGCACCCUAUUCUGACCCUGCUAAAACACUUCUUGAGUAUUUUGGCCAGAGUGUAAUAUAUCCUUGAAUUGGGAUAGUACCUCCUGUUUGCCUGUGUGGAGGAUAGAGAAAUGGUAGGGUAUACGUGGAAACCUCUGCACCAGUUCCUCACUUGGGCCUCUGGCUCUGCCUGUGGCCCCCAGAAUGUUGCCUAUGAGAGAAUGCAGCUCUCUGGCUGAAAAAUACCCCCACCCCUGCUCUAACUUAAGAGGAUUAGUUGCACCAUCCCUGCAGGACCCCCAUCUCCUAUGUAAGUCUUUUUGAUAGCUAGGUUCUGCUUUUGCAGUCCUACAGGCACAGGGGAAUGUCUUUUUCAAGAGUGCCCUUUGCAGACUUACUGAUGUGCCAAACUUAGCUGCUUUUAAGAUGGCAAACGGCAGCAGGCUUUUUAAUGUUUGAUUUGUCGUUCUUAUUGCCGUUCCUCUAUUUCAUAUUGUGGCUUUUAGAUGCUGCAGUUUUUGUUUCUUUAUAUUGUUAAUUGUGGGGGGUUUUAAUCCCUUGCUGGCUUUGAUGUUUUUAAAUAACCAUUUUUAAAAUUGCAAUUUGGAUUUUACCGUUUUCAUAGCCUAUGCUACCUCAGCUACCGUAUUGGUAAAAAGAGUGGGGAGAACCUUUAGUCCUCCAGGUGUUGCUGAGCUGCAACUCUCAUCAGCCCCAGCAAGCAUGGCCAGUGGUCAAGGAUGAUGGGCAUUGUAGUCCUGCAACCUCUGCAAGACCAAAGGUUACCCACACCUGCUUUAAAUAAUUACGUAGAUAUUUGGCUUAGGAUUCAGCUUCCUGAGAGCCUCAGCUUAAGAACAAUUGUGCAGAUUUGGCUGUCUCUUAAAUUAUUAUCAUUUGAGAAGGGAUGUGGUUGGUUGUUUGUUUGUUUGAAUGUUGUUAAAAGAUUUAUAAACCACUUUUCAGACUGAAAUCAUGUGAGUGCCCCAGGAGGGUAUCACAUGAGUUGUAAGAACAACCACAUCUUUCUCUCUCCAAGGAAAGAGAGAUGGAUCUACCCUCAAAAGGGAGAUCCAACAUUAGAUGCCCCCAUUGAAAGGCUGCAGAAAAGUCCACAAGUGGCUUCUCUCCAAUGUCAGAGGAAGCAUUCUAGGAGUGAUUAAGGGGUGUGCCACGAGGGGCUGUGAAUCUACGUGUUCUCCUAACAGGCCCCCAACACGCUCCCAGUUUCCAGUGGGAGAGAAAUAAAUUACUCCAGCUCCAGAGCUGGUGUAGCUUGUCUGUUUGGGGAGAUGUGUUGAAGCCCUGAUGGGCCCCAGCAUUCCCUCAGAAUUUAGGGUUUGUAAACAAACUGGGGCAGGCAUCCCCUCUCCUCCUCUUUUGCAUGAAGGAGACAGGAAAAAAUUGCUUCUGAUUUUUUAACCUAACCAGUUUCCCAUAAUUUCUGAGCUUGUUGGAACUGUUGUUUAUUUAACCCAGGAGUAGCCAAGGUGGAGUCCUUCUGGUGUUGUUGGACUUCCAACUCCCAUCAGCCCCAGACAGUAUGGCCAAUAGUAAAGGAUGAUGGGAACUGUAAUCCAGCAACAACUGGAGGGCACUAGGAUGGGGGAAGCUGGUCUAAAUGGUGUGUUUACCCUAUAGAACCUGGUGUGCUGGCUCAGAUUCUAGCACCAGAAAGAUUCUGGCAAAAUAUACCUCAAAAUACAACCCUCCUCUAGCAUCCUCAUAUCCCAACAUAACAUCUGAACCAGUCCAGAAUGAAUCAACUGCGGCUUGCCUUUGAGCAGCUGAAUCCUUCAUGGGAAAUGACUUGUUGAGAAAGCUCUGCAGCCCUCCAGAGUGUCAUGUCCUUCACAGAGAACACUUUUAUGAUCCUUCCUGCACUCGUAGUCUGUAUGGAUUCCUAGAGGGAUUAAGAGCAUAUUCCAGUUCCAUAUUGAACUGUGGUGUUGUUCUGCUCAGAGGUGUCUUAAACAUCAGUCAAGGACUCAGCCUAGAAAUAUAUAUUGCUUGCUGAGGCUCAGCAAUGACUCCAAAAUGGUUAUUAUUUCUUAUUAAAUGGGAGGUGAGUGAUUUCUCCUGGAUGAUUUGCUGUUUUGAACAGAAAGGCAAAAAAGGGGGGCAGAGGGUUCAGAGAAUCAUUUUUAGGAUUUUAUGCUGGUGCCCAGCUGCCUCACCAUGACUAAUACGGUCUUCGUUGAAGCAUGGAAAAUGUUCUCAGAUUUUCACACAGCAGAUGUAUCAUUGCUGGGUCUCCUUCUUCCUUCAGAUCCCUCUUCAAAACCUACCAUUUCUGUAGCCUUUGGCUUUACCUGUGUUGUCCUCAUCCGCAGCUGAAAUGAACUGUAAGUACAUAGAAAUUUUCUCUGCUUAUAUUCAUCCCUCGUUAUCCUCAACUUUCCCAGUCUUCUACUCACAUUUUUGCUUGUCACCCAGUAUUUCAUUUCCUUUGUUGUCUCUCCUAUUGAUUGAAGUGUGUAAGACUGUCGUAGUGUCCUGACCCAUAGCAGUAGCCAUCACUGGGGGGAAGUGGUGGUGGGAAAGAGGCGGGACUAGCCAAGUCAUCUUUGUGCCCGGAUGAGGUCAGGAUUCUGAAGGGUGCUGAGUUGGAAAACAGAAGCAAGAUUUCCAGGACCCUGGACAGUGAUCCUACAGUGAAGAACAAGAGGAGCAAGUUGCCUCAGCAAUGGCCUGCAGCACCUUCCACAGCUUUACAGUCUCCCCUGGAGGAUCAAGACUGAAGCCACACAUUCUGAGAGCACCAACUGACCAGUGCUCUAGUUGGCAGGGCUUGAGGCUGCCAUGGUAUAGUCCUUGGAAGCUGUUCAGAACUUUCUUCAUCUUCAGAGGAGUUGGUAGUUCCUUGGCAAAGGUUAAUCAUCACAGAUCAGGGAGCCAUGUGCAGAAUCUGUUGCUGACAGGUUUACUGGAAGUGAGUUAGGUUCAUCUUCUCCUUGGAGCUACUAUUGCUUGGGGACCCUUGAGUCAUUGCUUGGGGCAAUUGUACCUGUGGUACCACAUUGCACCCUACUGAAUGUAACCUAAAAACGUGCAUUUUCCACGAUUGCCCCUAUACUAUGGACCACCCUUCCAUCAUUUGCUUCUGAUGUAUUGCAAAGACUUGACUUUUUGCUCAGGCCUUCCUUGACCCUUAACAACCCUGUUGUUAUUAUUUACUUGUUUGGAUUCCCUGCAUUCCUGUUCUUAUAUGGUUUUUGUACUAUGAUUUUACUGGUUUUAUUUUAUCUUCCUUUAUAUUUCAGAUUGUUUUUAAUGUUAUACACCCCUUAGAGGUUUUAAAAUAUUAAGUGGUGCUUCAAAAUUAUUGAAUAAAUAACUACAUUUUGUCAGACCUUUUUAGUUGUUAAAUUUGUGUUGAUAAAGCUGUUGAGUUAAUCAACUCAACACUGUGAUUCUAGUUGGUCCCCAGGCAUAGGCAGCUAAUUUAGAACUUUCUGAUAUUCUGCACCUGUUGUGAAUUGAUUCAGGAGGAGGUAUGUUUCUGGGUCACUUCCUGCUUGCCUCCUUUGAGGUUGCCUCAGCUUCCUCUGCCAUCAGAUUCUAAACAAGUCACUCUUUGUGCCUUCUGUUCCCUUAAAUAUCAUAUCAUUCCCCAGAGCCCUCCUCUAACACUUCCAAUUAAUACAACAGAGACCUAUUUUGAUAGCUUUGGUGCAAUUUUAUUUUCAAACACAGCUUCCAUGUACUGUGAAGCCAAAGAGCAUUUUAUAAUAAGGAGAGGGUGGGGGUGGGAAGGAAAGCGGCUGCAACAACAAGAAGGUGAGGAUUUUUUCAUAUGGCUUUGGAAACUAAUCAGGUUAUUGCACAGAAGAGACAUGAAGCAGGCAAAUCUUGAAUAUGAUACGAUUUAUAUCAGCAAUAAGAUUGCAUACUGAGACGAGAAAGGGCCUUGUGAAUCCAUAAAAAUGGAAUAUUCCUAUUCAGGGUUAUAGCUAGCUCUGCUCUUUUCCAGGAAACUCCAUUCCAUCCCCCCUAUCCAGUUUUCCAUCUUUUGCUCCAACAGCAACUCAGCAUUCAGUGUCCACUGAACAUGCCCAGUCAUCAUUGGGUAUUAGAUUUUUUUUACCAAAUAAGAUUUUUGAGAGGAUGGCGAGAUGAGUACUAGAAACCUGAAUUGUUUUUGUAAUAACUAGCUGCUGCUUUGUUGAGAAGGGAGAAGGAUGCUUUUUCAGGACUAGCUGUGUGUUCUGAAAAACACGUGUUUUUCUGUGUUGCUGCCUGCUGCUCUGCUGAUCAGCCUGCGUUGUUAGAAACCUACAGUUUGAGCAGGUGGGAAGCAAGCAGAAACAUAGACACUGUGGUCAUCUAAAGCAGCACCAGUCUUUCCAAAACAACCUUCAUAGCACCUCAGUACUGUUUCUUCCCAGCUAGCAAUAAAGUUCAAACUCUCCCCACCAAAAAAUAAAUAACAUCUAUUGCAGACUGGAAUAUCGUUUUUCAUUUUGGGGCCAUCGUAAUAUUUGUGGACGUUAAGUAUUUGUGGGCACAUGGCUACUCAAAUAGUUGUAGGUUGUGAGCAGCUAUUUGUAAGACAGUCUUGUCUUGGGGGGUUUUAAUAUUCCUGUAAAGAGUGCUAGAUUGGCGUAUAUAUGUUGUGUGACUUAGAGGAGGCUGAGUCAACACUGUCCUUGUUGGGGAAAUGCCCUUGUUUCCAAGAUUCUGACUUUUAGAUACCUGCCACUAAUGACUUGGCUGUGUAGAGAACGUUUAUCCGCCAAGUGCUAAAAGCACAGAAGCCAAACUGAUCUCAUUAUGGGUCUCCAUGCAAAGCUGGGCCUCCAGGUUUCUGCAAGCCUGUGGCUGCCUAAGCCAUACAAAACCAGUGUGUGGUCAGAGGCAGUGAUAUUUGGGAAAUGCAUUGGGGGUACUGACAUCUUCUGCUGGAGCAGCUGUAUGGAGAAUUGCAAAUCACGAACAAUUACGCCUAACUGCAUGGGCUUUGGGCUAUGAAAGCUGACACAAAGGCCUUGAAUUAAAUAGACUGGAAGAGAAACAAAAACCUGAUUUAGGCAGCCUGCCUUUUGCACGGCUGGCUGAAGGCUGGGCUACCAGUCUCCUAAUCCUUGAUUGCAAAGAGCAGUUGGUUUGUGGUCAGCCUCUCAUUUAUUUUCACUUUCAAAUUAUUCCAUUACAUCAUCGCAUGGUGCCAAAGUAUUAAGAGAGGAAGGUGGCCUGAGCCCAGGGGGUGGCAAGGAUGCUGGUAUUUAUUUGAUUUAUGUAUAUACCACCAACUCAUAUAAUUCCACUCUACCUAAGGUAUUUUUCUUUAAGUUCAUUGAGUCUGUUCUGAGUAGGACUAGGACUGGAUACAUUCCAAAAUAUUGGGAUAUCAAAAUGAAUUCCCACCCAAGCCCACCCUAGAAAAACUGGCAGGUGCCAACGGCCCCCUGUGCCCUCUGCCUUCCAACUGCCAGUGAAUGUUGGCAGCAGAAAACAGGGCCCAGCUGUGAAUGCUGAGCCAGCCAAGACUGAGAUGUGAUUUCUCUGUCUGCCUGGGGCUUAAAGAGGCAGGGAGGCAAUUUCUGAGACUGGUUGCUUCCCAAACCCUUCCCCAAGAAUAUUUCGUGGCAGGGAUGAAGUACCUGUGGCCCUGCAGAGGUUUUGAUUACACUACGGCCUCCCAUCACCCGUGACUAAUGAUUGUGGUGGUUGGCAUUCACAUUUUAAUGUAAACAUACCUUUCUCGUACUUCCUAAAAAAAAGUCCAAAUUUGGAAAGAUAGCUGAGAUUCAUUUCACACAUUAUCUUUCCAAAUUUGCACUUUUUUGAAUUUCACAAUGCCCAAGCUUAGAGACACAAUUCAAAUUAGCAGAGGUUUGCUUGAGUCCUGCACUGUUUUCCCACUGACUGAUAAAAGGAAAGGCAAAGCCUGGUUUUUGCUCCUGAGUUGUAUGGAAAGACAGCAAAACAAAACUCUCAUCCAAGCAAUGAGUCUUGCAAAGAUCUGAGCCCUUGUUAAUGUACACAUUUCACUGCUUGAUCAACCUGCCCCUGCCCCCUUUUUUUCCUUCCUCUCUUUUCUCCCCAGAUGAAAAGGGCAUCCAGCCUUGCAGAAAGGAGGAACUUCAGUGCCUGCUGAACUGCCUGCGUUGCCACUUCAAGAAGAACUGUGGCAAAGACUAUGGGUCCAUCAAGAUCACCUGUUCAAGUGAGUAAUCCUUCAGGAUAUUCUUCAGUGGGAUCAGUUAUAUUCAUACUGACCAGGCCAGAGACCUUCGAUGGGUCUGAGUGGUUUGGUUGGUACCUCUAUAGCUUAUUAUUAUUAUUAUUAUUAUUAUUAUUAUUAUUAUUCCCUGCCCAUCUGGCUGGGUUCCCACAGCCACUCUGGGUGGCUUACAGCAUAUAUAAAAACACAGUAAAACAUCAGACAUUAUUGCCAUUCAUGUAGGUAUGCAUGUCUACGGUGGUUGGACUUCCCUUUGAACACUGUGAAAGAGUUAGGAAAUGUAUUGAGAAGAUCAUGGCACAGCCCGCCUUGGACCAUACAGCUUCAAAAUGCUAGGAUUGCGUGUCAAUAAUACCCUCCACUAGGAAAGUUAGCACAUUAGAGAGAACUCUUUCUAGGCUACCCUAACCUUCCCCAUAAUCUGUUAACUGCAGCUGCCCCUGAGCAGGGAGUUCUUGAGAAAGGGAAGCAUUUAAUUAUGUGACCUCACCACUUUCAUCAUUCUGAAGCCAUACACCCAAAUAUGGCUGUACUGUGUGAUUCUUCUGAAGUUGUAGAUCAUCUCCCCCCCCCCCCAAAAAAAGGCAGUUAAACAGUGGAGUUGAUCCAGUAAGGGGGGAAUCCAACAUGAAAUUUCAAGUUAACCAGCUGUGGGCAUGAUGAAGCACAUUGUUCAUGUGUUUCUGAGCACAAUUCAAAGUGUUGGUUCUAACAUUUAAAGCCCUAAAUGGCCUUGGCCCACUAUUUCCAAAGGAGCGUUUCCACCCUCAUCAUACAGCCCAGACACUGAGGUCCUCCUCUGAGGGUCUUCUGCUGGUUCCCUCACUGCGAGAAGCGAAGUUGCAGGGAACCAGGCAGAGGGCCUUCUCGGUAGUGGCACCCUCCCUGUGGAACACCCUCCCUUCAGAUGUGAAGGAGGUAAAGAACUACCUAACUUUUAGAAGACAUCUGAAGGCAGCCCUACACUUUUGCUUGGGUGGGAUGUUUUAAUCUAGUUUUUAACAAAUAUAAUUAUCUUUUAGAUUUUUCUUUUUAUGCAUCUAUGUGUCGGUUUGUUUUUUGCUUGAAAUAUCCCUACCAUUGACAGGAAGACAGAAUUCAGUAUGGAGUGUGCAUGGCUUCAGCAAGACAGCAGAUGUCAGCUGAAUCCUCCAUGUGCUACUCACAAGUAAACUCUUUACUGCAUAAUGAGUCAGGCACUUUUGUAAUAGGAUCAAUUAAUGGUAUCUGCAACCAGCUGGCAAUUUUAGAGAGCACAGCAUUGACUGACUGGGAUUCCGUUCACAUUCGUAAAAGCACAUUGCAUGCCAAUUCCUUCCCCAUUGUAUUACUCCUCCCCACUCCGUCCUUCCUAAUUCUAACAUUUGUUCUGUGCACUUAAGAAAAGAGCGUACUUAAGGGCGAAACUGCAAGAGAUGUUUAAUGUGUCUCUGCAAUUAACAUGCACCCAGGAUGGGGAUGUAAUGUAAAUUGCUUCAAAUGGAAGGCAGCUGAUAAUUAUCAGGAUCUCUACGGGGGAGGGGCAAUGCAAUCUUUUCCAGCAGCCAGUUUAAGGAAAUCCCUCAUCUGAUCCUGAUAUUUGCAUUGGGAGGAAGUCCUUCAUUGGCCAUUUCUGGAACUAACAAUGCCAACUAACAAUGUGGGCUUUCAGGAAGAGAUUUCCUGGUUAUGUGAGUCUAACCUUUCAGGAGUUAUGUCAGCAGGUCUUAGACCCAAAGGUUUCCUCGAUGGGUGGAUGGCCAAACUCUGCCCACAUAUUCUAACACUUAGUCAAGUCCCAUUCUAUCUGCCUCGCUUCCUUGUGUUAGAACCAACCUACAGGUUCAGGGAAAGCAUAAUGCAGUUCUGGAACUAUAAUGCUUUCAGAAGUUAGGAAUGACAUGUUUAAAUAAUGGCCUGUUUUCAUUUACCUGGUUUGCUAGUAUUUUGCUAGUGCAGUAUGGUGCUUAGGAACAUAGGAAGCUGCGUUAUACUGAGUGAGACCAUUGGUUCACCUAGCUCCAUAUUGUCUGCACUGACUGGCAGUGGCUGUCCAGCAUUUUAGAUAGGGUUCUUUCCCAGCCAUACCUGGAGAUGCAAGGGAUUGAACCUUCAGUAUACAAUGCAGAUGCUCCACCCAUGAGCUAUGGCCAUUCCCCAUAUAGCACUUUGGAGUGGAGACCUGAGUUCAAAUCCUCAUGUAGACUUGGAGCUGAUUGAAUGAGCUUGGACUCAUUACUUUCUCUCAGCCUAGACUCCCUUACAGGGGUGCUAAAGGCUUAAGGUCCAACCCUUGUUGGCCUUGUUGUUUUCAGAUAUUCCAGUUGGUUAGUACCAGGGACAGAGGCUUUUUUGUGCUGGCCCUGUGAUUCUGGAACUCUCCCAGAGAAGUUCUCCCAUUUUUAGACUGGUGCUGAACAUGUCUUCUUUUAAACUCUGGGAGGCAUUUUAUAAUUGUCUUGUGCUGUUUUAAAUGAUUUUGCUAACUUUUGUAUUGCUAUACUUUGUAUUUCUUUAUCUGUAAUAAGUGUGUUUUAUUAUUUUUAUAUCUUUGUAAGUACAGUGGUACCUCAGAUUACAAACACUUUGGGUUACAGACUGCACUAACCCAGGAGUAGUACCUUAGGUUAAGAACUUUGCUUCAGGAUGAGAACAGAAAUCGCACGGUGGCAGCGGGAGGCCCCAUUAGCUAAAGUGGUACCUCAGGUUAAGAACCGUUUCAGGUUAAGAACGGACCUUCAGAACGAAUUAAGUACGUAACCAGAGGUACCACUGUAAUUUUGAAACAAAUCUUUUGAAAUAAAGAACCUUGAACUAUUUGCACAACAUGUAAGAAAUUAUGGAAUUCAUUAUCACAAGAUGUGAUGAAGGGCAGUAGUUUACAGGACUUCUUAAAAUCAUGGAAGGGUUUUUCAUGGAAGGGUCAUGGUUUAGAGAAAGAUUGGUUGCUUUGUAUACCACACAGCUCAGUUUAUCAGGAACCGUCUAGUAAGUCAAAAUUCAGGAGAUUUAGAACAGCAGGGGUGCUGUCCAAGAGGGAACAGAGGCAAGAAGAGAUGUUGCUUCCGCACUGGUUUGUCUUUAUUUGAGCAGCUUAAUGGUUAGUGUGGCUGCCCCACCACUUCAGGGCCCAUAUGCAGAGGACUUGAGGAAUCAAGCAUCCUACUCACAAGAAGAGUUCAGGGAGUGUCCUUCUGCUGCUAAUGGACCUUGUAUCUCCAUACAGACAUGCCACUGUGUCUUUGCUUGAGGUCUUAAUGAGGAGGUAAAACCAGUCAGGGUGCAUUGGUUCCUCCUGACCUGCAGCUUCUUUGAUGUUAGGUAUAUUCCAAGGUGAGUUAUGAAUCUCCACUGACUCCUGUGGAAUCCCGUCAGUGCUAGAUCUUCCUCUUUUGCUAAGGUCUCACACGCUUCAAGGCUGGUCCUGCCAGGAGACAUGGUGGGACAUGACCGGUUGCUAAACAGAACCUCUGUGUAUGGGGGCUUUAUAUAGCUGAAUACCUCCUUCUGGGAAGUGGGCCAUGGAAGUGAUGAUCCCACUUCCACGGCCCACUUAUGAGGAUGAUGCUCUCAAGCAUCAUCUGGUUGGCAGCUGAACUGAAUGCUAGCCUACAGUGGCUGCCAACCUUUUUUCUAUAAAGAACCACAAUUCCUCAGAGGUAAGCUGUCAGUCUGCAUACUGACUGUGGGUGGGGCCAAAGUCAGGGGUGAAUGGGGCUACUCUCUUCUUCUUUUUCUGCUCCUCAUCUCUGUCUCCCUCUUCCUCCCCACUGAGCAAUCUGCUGCAAGAGGGACAGAUUGCUCUUGCUGGAUGACUGGUCUCUUGCAAGGGGCUUUUGUAAUUAGGUCCUAGGGUUGCUGAUUGCACACACCUGUUAUACUAGACAAACCUUUGUCUGAUCCAGCAUAGCAAUUCACACUUCCUUCUUACACACACAUGUGUUCUCAGAAGCAUGAUUCACUUUGAAUUUGCUAAACCAAUCUAGCAUAUUGCUCUGUGGAUACUUUCUGUAUAGGCUGGAGGAAAACUCAUGCUUUCAAAUGCCUUCACUUUAAUAUAAGCAUGUCUUCCGUGUCUGCCUUUGCCCCUCUCUGAGAAUGCAUUCAUACAUGGAUGACUCAAAGAAUGAAUAGGUUUUCCCAAUAUGCCAAGACAUCUGGGAGACAUUGGGUGGGUGGGUGUCCAUGGGAGAAAGAGACAUUGCCAGGAGAAGGAUGUUGGCAGAGCAUCACCGCAGCUGAGAUCGGAAGCAAUUUCCAAAUUACCCCCGGUCUGCUGAGUCAUUAACGCCUUAACCUAAUAUCCUGUAUUCAUUUAUUUAAUGGCCAGAUGAAAGGAAGUGAUGGAGAGCAUUUUGUUCCGGCUUUUCAAGGAAGCCAGAUGACCACAGUGUCUGCCGAGGAAGAAGUCAGUUGCUACAAUGGGAGCGGUUCAGGAAGGCGAAAUUGGCAAGGCGAUUCAUUAGAUGGAAAUGGAAUGCUAACAGCGAGUUUAAGAAAUGACGAUGCUGCUGAUGAUAAUGAUGAUGGGGCAGUGCUACUCUCCAAACAAAGUCUUAGGAAAGAUGAGACUUCUCUACACUUCUUUAUUUUGCACACAUACAAUUUCCUGCCAAAUACUAUAAAUAACCCGCGUAGGAAAACCUUGAUUCCCCUCUCCUCCUGCCAGUUGCCCAGGGUUGUAGUCACUGUUGGUUCUACUCUCAGUAGACUCUUAAAAUUAAUAGCCAUGGUCAACUUAGGUCUAUUGUUUUCAAUGGGUGUCUUCUGAACAGAACUUAAUUGGCUACAGCCAAGUGUCUUGCUACCAGUGGACCCAACUUUGGGAGGAGAACGGUUAAGUGGUAGUUUAUCUUCUACUGACUUCUUAGAGCAGCCUUCCCCAAUCUGUAGCCCUUUAGACUACAACUCCCAUCAGCACCUGUCAGUGCAACCUCUCUCCCUAUGUCAGUGCAUGAUGGGCAUAUGAACACAUGGUUUUGAAAGCAAAAUUUGACUGUAGCAUUGGCUUCAGUUAGUGGUGGUGCCCACCCUGUGAAAUGCCCUCCCAUCAAAUGUUAAGGAUAUAACAUUUAGGAAACAUCUGAAGGUAGCCCUGUAUAGGGAAGUGUUUUAAGGUUUAAGGUUUUAUUAUGUUUUAUAUAUGUUGGAAGCUGCCCAGAGUGGCUGGGACAACCCAGUCAGAUGGGUGGGGUGAAAAUAAAUUACUACUACUACUACUAUUGAAGAAGAAGAAGUAGAGUUUGGAUUUGAUAUCCCGCCUUUCACUCCCUUUAAGGAGUCUCAAAGCGGCUAACAAUCUCCUUUCCCUUCCUCCCCCACAACAAACACUCUGUGAGGUGAGUGGGGCUGAGAGACUUCAAAGAAGCCCAAGCCCAAGGUCACCCUGCAGCUGCAGGUGGAGGAGCGGAGACACGAACCCGGUUCCCCAGAUUACGAGACUACCGCUCUUAACCAGUACACCACACUGGCUCUCCAUAUUGAAGCUGAUAUAGCACUGGAUGAAUGUGAUCCUGCGGCGAAGACCCUGUAAGGAGUCUCGUCGCAGCAUUCUUCACCUGCUGGAGUUUCUGGGUCAGCUUCUAGGGCAGCUCCACGUAGAGUGAGUUACAAUAAUCAAGCCUGGAGGUGACUGUUGCAUGGAUCACAGUGGCGAGAUCAGGGUGAUAGAUUUUAUAGUAGUAUAAAAUCAAGGCUUUUUUUAAAAAGAAAAAAGUUGUUCGGAUCUGUGUUGUGCCAGGGCUAUGUUGAAGGGGGAAAUAUUUGCUUUGUUUAGCUGAUAAUUUAGCAGCCUGUCUUUCAUUGUACAUAUUCAUGUCUUUAUCAGCAUUGUUCAUGCUUAAAGCUUAUAUAACCAGGAAACCGCGGUGGGCGGGGGGAUGUGCAAGUGUCAUUUAUCGAGAGACAAUGAACCUCAUUCUAUCCACUGUCUCAUGUGAACUUUUGUGCAAGGACUGCAUGCCUACAGGGAAAGUGAGAGAUUUUGUAUAAUGAGGCACAAUUCUUGGCUCUGGAUUUUUGACGUUUUGAGCCAAAGUGAAGAUAGAUUAUACAGUGGUACCUCUGGUUACGAACUUAAUUCAUUCCAGAGGUUUGUUCUUAACCUGAUUAACCACUUUAGCUAAUGGGGCCUCCUGCUGCCGCCUCACGAUUUCUGUUCUCAUCCUGAGGUAAAGUUCUUAACCCGAGGUACUACUUCCUGGUUAGCAGAGUCUGUAACCUGAAGUGUUUGUAACCUGAGGUGUUUGUAACCUGAGGUACCACUGUACAUGGUAAGAUCUAUUGUUGUAAUCAGAUGCAGGUCUUGGUUCAUUCCAGUUGUCCCGCCCCCCCCAUACAUACAGGUGAAGAAUGGGAGGAGCCACACCUGCUAAUUAUGUCCUCAGUGUCCCCUAACAUUCAGCAGGAUGUCUGAAAUGGUUUCCCUAUUUGCCUACAGCUGUAUUGCAUAGGCCUACUAAAAAUAUUAAAGAUUCGUGAUUUUCCGCUCUACCAUAUUGAGGUUUUGCCUCUUCUUCUGCUUCCUCUGGUGCUUGGUGCCACCAGGACCAGCCCUAUCACUAGGCAGAAUGAGCACCUUCCUCAGGCAGCAAAUGCUGAUGGGCAGGAAGCAGCAACAAGUAUUGAAGAACAGAGCUAUAUGUGCUGUGCAGCCUGCCCCACACCCCCUCAACCAGGAGUAGGGAAUCUUCUUUAGCCCAAGAGCCACCUUCCCUUCUGGGCAAAUUUCAGGGGAGAGGGGACAGGGCCAGAGGCAAGAUUGACUAGAGCAAUAAUUGUGGCUUUUGAAUAGUGACUAUCCUCCAUCUGGGCAGGCAAGAAGCAUCAGUCCAAAGACACAUUCCAGCCAAGCAAAAACAUUCAAGGAGGGUGCAAUGCAGGGCUGGUGAAAGGUGUGGCUCAAACGGCCUCAGGUGAGAGGUCUGGAGGGCCACAUUUGACACCUAGGCCUUAGCUUCCCCCUCUCUGCCUUAUACUCGCCAGCAACAGACAAGAAUGUCAGCCCCUUACAAGAGCUGAAAUAAGAAUUAACUGCCAUUCCUGUCUUUGCCUCAGGCAGCAAACUGUCUUGAGCUGACCCUGGGUGCUUCCUUUCCACCACCACUUCCCUUUCUGAACAACUAGGGGACCCUGCUUCCCCUGCUUGCCCACAGCCUUACUUAGAUGUUGCUCCUGCCUUGCCCUGCCCUCCAUGAGCCAAGAGUCAGCCCUGAUAGUCACCUGUCUUGCCAACCAGCUUUUAUUCAGAGAUUUUCAGUGGUUCGAUUAAACUCCUUUGGGAGACUCCAUGUGAGAAGGGGUAAUCUGAGAAAACUCCUUGCUGGAACAGGCAAAUGUAUUGGGGGGGAGGAAAAAGAUGUAUCUUGUCAAAAAAGACAGCGUGCAUUAAAUUCAGUAUAUUCUGGGGGUCACACCAGUUGAAAAAUUCUUUGCCCUUUUGCUUUUUUGUCUUUUGGUGCUGCUCCGCUUUCCCUUUCAUUUGGAAUUUAGGUUUAAAAAAAUGAAGACAAAAAAACAGAGAUCUCUUGUAAGAUCUCUUAUUGUAAUUGUUUCAAUAUCCAUGUGUUAUUAAUUGUGUAUAUGGCCAAAACGGUAUCACCCACACAGAAGAGGAAGUGAUCAGUAGGCUUGGGGGAAUCAAAAGUUUGCAAAAGUACAACAUCAUAUUGUGGGGGUGGGAUAAGCCUAGUAAGGAACAAGCAUGCUCAUAACAUUUUGCGGUAGAACCCAUUUGUUUGUCUGUUUUUUAAAUGUGAUUUUCUUCAUCUGCACUGAAUUCAUUAUGGUGCAAGCAUAGCCCAGAGAGACUAGCUCAAGGUCAUCCAUUAAGCCUCACAACUGAACAGGGACCUGAAUAUAAUUCUCCCCAAUGCACGUCCUUGCAAUCUAUCCACUUUAACAGGGUAACCAGUGUCGUACUCUCCAUGCAUUUUGGACUACAACUCCCAUCGUCCCUGAUUAUUGGCCAUGCUGGCUAGGAAUGAUGGGAGAUGUAGCCCACAACAUCUGAAGCACACCAUCUUAGCAACCCCUGCACUACACCCUUACAGAGGACAAGAAAAAAGAAGCAAUGGCUCGGAAAUUCUUCUGGCUCUUCAUAUGAAUUCUGGUUGGUUGCUUCCUAGAUUGCCAGAAGCUGCCUGUAUUAAUUUUCCACGGUAACAAGAUUCCAACUUGCUUGUCUCAGUCUAUGUACAGAGACGCUCAACAGGAGCAUUUCCUGGAAUGGCCCUUGAGUCGCCGUUAAUUAGAAGUGAACAUUUUAUCCCAGCCAUCUUCAAGUUGAUCACUCUUAUCUUUUCAUUAAGCAUUUGAUUACAAAGUGGAGGCUGAAACUGCAGUUGAGCAGAGAACUUAUUGAUGCAUAGCAGAUGCGAAGGUGAAUUUCAAAAGGACCCUCGGGUGCUAAACAGAGCAAGCAUAAAUGAACAAUGCAGCCAAUAACCCUGACAAAAACAAAUAGGAAGGGCCCAGAUUUGUCAAGUGGCAUCAGCUCACAUAGCAUAUGAUCACGCCGGUGAAGUUGGGAUUGCCCUUAUUUAGUCGUCAAUCAGUGUCACAAUUCCCUGCAUGGGAAUUCAUGUGCAGAAGCUAAGAAUAUGGCUAUGGAGGUAGAACUUAUCCUGAAAAACAGGAAGUUGUUGUGAUCAUAUCUGAAAAGAUGAUGCACAGGAUUGACUGCAUGAUCCUCCAGUGUGGCUUGUAAUAAUUUUUACCCUUCCCAAUGUUCUUUUGCUGUUUGUCACAUAUACAGUAGCCACUUUAUGUGUGGCAUUAGCUUCCCUUAUAAUAGAAAGUGUGAUUGUCUCAUGCAGGGGUCGACAAAGUUGUUGUGGCUUGGGCCGGUUCACUGUCCCGCAGAUCCUGCAGUGGGCCGUAGUGCACACGUGUGCACGCAUGCGCAAACGCUGUUUCCGGCGCUCCUUCUGGCACAGAGGAGGCGUGCGCAGCUUCCCACUGGCUGCAGGAGCUUCCUGCAGCCAAUGGGAAGCUGGCCAGCAUCGCGGAAUGCAGUCCCAGCUCUGCCCUGUGCCUGUUUAGUGCGGCGCACAGGAGCCAACUGAGCAGGCGGCGGGGGUCCAUGGGCCGGUUAAAUGACCCCCAUGGGCCACUUGUGGCCCAUGGGCCUUAGGUUGCCAACCCCUGGUCUCAUGCCUAUCAACAGAGCAGUUCAUUGAUGCCCAAUCCAUUUCUGGACCCAACUCAAGGUGUUGGUUUUGACUAAUACAGCCCUGCAUGACUUGGGACCCCCACUACCUAAAGGAUAGCCUCUUCCUAUAUGUAUCUUGGCUACCCCCUAAAUCAAUAAUAGAAGCCCUCUUUCAAGUGCCCCCUCACUCUGUCGGGUGGCUACAAGGAACAGGACCUUCCUGGUUCUGGCCUCUCAGCUAUGGAAUGCGCUCUCUCGGAACCUUCUUGCAUCUACCUUAAUAUAUUUUUGGCACCAGACAACAACUUUUUGUUGUUGUUCACCCAGUCUUUAUAGGGUGAACAUAUUGCUUUAGGGUGAACAUACUGUUUCAAUUUUGUGGUAUUUCUAGUUCAGUAUUGAAAUAAUUUUAUUCCCUGUCAGUUGAAUUGCUUUGUGUAUCCGCUCUCAUGUUUUUAGGACAACUAAUGUGUUUUAGAGUUGUGUUGCAGUGCCUCAGGUAUUGGUUUUGGUGCACAGUGGGUUGUAUUUUUUUUUAAAAAAAAAGUUCAGCUGUAGUUUUCAUCUGCCUGUUGUUCAGAGAACAUGGCUGAAGCCUUCCCCAACCUUGUGCCCUCCAAAUAUUCUGGACCACAACUCUCAUCAGCAAAAAGAACUGUCCUGGCUGCCAGUUGCCCUCCUUCUGUGUAUCAUCAGGCUCUGGGAAAGAAAGUGUGAUGUGGGGGUCACAGUGCAGUGUGGUCCAUCCAGCCCUGCUCAUUGUCAUCCUCACCAAGGUCUGCAUUCUACAAAUGUUGGAUGCAGUUCUGUGUGCAUCCAGAUGUUUGUGGGUAGAGUUUGUCCACCUGAGGAGGGACUCUAAUUGGGCAGAGUCCUUGCUUGCAUUGUGGAACAUCCAUAUGUGCAUAGAAUUCCUUCAAACCAUCCUUUGAACAUCCAGGUAAUAGGAGAACAUUGUGAUUUGUGCUAGACUAGAGUCCCCCGCAAGCCUGCUCCAUGUGUUCAUUCAGCUUGUGGAGGGGUUCAUGUAGAAAUCCCUUCUUUGAUAUCUCUCUCAAUCUCUCUCUCUGAGGGUACAAUUUUUUUCUUUGGAAUUUAGGGGUGAGCUUAUCCAAGAGAUAUCUUUGUAUCUCCUCCUCUCCACAUUGUUUUGUUUAAAAACCAGUUUGAAGUAGCAUUCUGAAGAACUUGAAAACUGGCUUUGCUGACUCGGGGCACCAGUCACUAGAAAUGGAUUAUUACGCUCUUUAGCUGCUCAGCCGUUUUGAUGGGGUUUGUGCAAGCGAUUUCCCCAGUGGAUUGAGCCCAAGAGAAAAUGCAAAGUAAUUUAGAUCACACAAAAUGAAGGUUAUUUGGGUUAUCUGGUGAUGAAAAUUAAUAAAUGAUGAGGUAAAGCAUAAACCUUUUAACCUCUGAAGCUCAGCGAAGGGAGAAAUAACUUCAGACUUCUACUUAAACCCUCACAGCGAUAUUAGAUGGGGUUUUGAAUUUUUUAUGGAAUGUACACCAACCAAAAUUGUACUAUAAACAGAGACCAAGAUAAAGGGUAGAAUGCAAUAAAUAGCACUCAGUGAAGCUGCUGAAACACUAUCCUUACCUCAACCAUGACAUUCAUUUUAUUUAUUUAAAAGCAUUUAUAAACCGUUUAAUGUUAAAAAAAAAAAUUACAUGGUUAUAGUUGAAAAAACAAACAAUGUGUCAUUAAAACAUUAAAACAAAAACAUAACCCAAAGCCAAUAAAAGAGCAGUAUAGAAAUGCAUAAAAACAAAUAAAAGGGAUAUAAUAGAGGACUCAGACACAUGACACAGGAUAUGAAUUUAUGAGUUAGGGAAUACAUGGGCAAAAAUUGCAUAUCAGCUUUCUCUCUCUAAUUUCAUUCAUGCAAUAUUCAUCAAAAGUAAUCACUUCUUAGCUAAACGAAACAAACACAGUACUACUUCAAAGGGCCAAGAGCAACUUAAUAUGGAAAAACAAAGCUCCAGAAUAUUUGCCAAAGUACAUCCUGCGCCAUAGAGAGAUAAGAUCAGGAAUGUACUUUGGCACAAUAAUACAACACAGCUUUAACUUCUGAAAAAUUGGGGAAAGGAAUUAGAUAGAACAGCAUAUCAAAAGCAUGAGCAUGCCUCACAAGGGCUUCUUGUAGGUUUGUGGUCAAGCGGUUUGUUCAGGUUUGUUGGUUUGCCACUGAGGAAGGCUAUUUGGUAGAAAUGCAUCUGGCUAUGGAAGACUGACUGUAGCAGAUACCUGUCUAGUGCCACCCCAGGGUGUACGGAUUGGUCUGAAAACAAUAAAGCAUCUUUAGUAUGCACAUCUAAUAAUAUAUUCACAUUCAUCCAUUGGCUGUUGUGUAUUGUGAAUGGUGAUGUAACCAUUGACUGCUGUUGGCUUAUGUCACUCUUUCUGGCUUGCAUGUUCCUACCCAUAAUACUAUUCCAUUUCUACAUCAACCUGCAAUUUCUUAAUCAUCUCAAAAUGUUUAAAUGUAGAUUUUAAAGGUGUUUAAACAUUUAACCUAAGAACAUAAGAGGAGCUUGCUGGAUCAGACCAAUGGGAUCUUGUCCAGAAUCCUGUUUUCACAGUGGCCAACCAGAUGCCUGUGGAAAACUCACAAGGAAGAUUUAAGAAAAGGAGACCUCUCCCCUCCUGUGGUUUCCAGCAGCUGGUAUUCAGAAGCAUUUCUGCAUCCAAGUGCACAUUCAGAGAAGUGCAAAAUCCAGUGGACAGCUGAAUUCUGAUCUGCACAUUAGUCUAGAAAUUACAGAUCAGACCAUUACAUUUAGGAGUUCACGUAUAUCAAAUUCCUGAAGCAUUCCUCCUCCCAGCAGCCUUCUGAUUUUGUGAACACAAAUUCUUCCUGCACAUCCGUGGAAUAAUUCAUCUGAAGUGCCAUCCACGCUGUUGGAGGUUAAGGCUACCGGUCAAGAUUGUUAAAUGCAAUCUCUAGCAAUGCAAUACAAGCAACUGAAGACCAGCUUCUAAAGAACUAUUGUGGGAGAGGGGGGGUCUAUUACCUGCACAUCUUCCUUGAGGCCUCUGGUUGGCCAUUGAUCCUAUAACAAGGAAGUUCAAUCCUCAGUUAUGGAUCAGAGAGAAAACUUUCUGCUGGUUUUCCCCUUUACAGAGCAGAUCUUGUUUCAGCAUGCAGGUUGUGAGAGCAAUGUUACUGGUAACAAUAUGUGCAUCUUGGUGUAUAGAUGAUUAAUCAAAGUUGUAAUGAAAGCUGGUGACAAUCUGCUUUCCACAUUAAUGUUGGCUUGGUAACGCAUCACAGUAACAGCCUGUGAUAAGAUGUGUUUGUGUGUAUUUAUAUAUAUGUGAAACAAGUAGAGCAGGUUUGUUAGAAUGGUUGACUUGCUUAUUUUUGGUGCUCACAUAUUUUUAGAACAAAACGAGUCAGAGUCGGGGGGGGGACGCAACGGUGUGCCACUGCAGUGAGUCAGGAUGACAUUUUGCACAUCACAGACACUACCCAGUUUCAACAUUGGUAAAAAUAUUUAAAGAAACUGUCAUGUCAGCACUACAGAGGAAAUAUUACAUUUAUCCUCCCAGCAUUCAGCUGCUAAAGGCCUGCUUGGUGGAGGAGGGGAAGCUGGCACCCUUAAUACAUCAAAUGGGGGCAAUAUUGUAUAAGGAAUGCAGAGAUGACAUGUAUAGGGGGCACAGCUGAAAAUCAUUUGGUGAGAUUUGCCAUGCCCCAGUCCUCAGACAUCUCAGAUAGUAAAUAUAAGGCAGAGGAGACUUCUUACCUGGAGUUUUUAUCUGCCAUCCAUUCUUCGCUUCUGGAUUUCUCUGAACUGCAUGGUUUCUGUUACUCAUUGUACCAGAGGCUUUGCUACAAAGAGUUUUAGGCAAUAGAUCUGGAAUAGAAAAUUUUCCUUGGCUCAGGUAUCACAUUCCUUUCUGGGCGCCACAUGUUAGCAGCGGGCAAAGGCAAGAGUGGGCAGAGCAAUGAGCACAUCCCCCCCCCCUUCUAAAGUAGUGUAGUGUCUCCAUACACAGACUGACAUAGCCCUCUCUAUCCUCCAUCCAGACAACCAAGAGGCAUGAUCAGAACUCAGUGACACAUUCUAGCCUGGUCAAAGCACUCAGGGAGCCAGGCAGGGCCUGGAGAGAGUCCUGGGAGCCAGGGACAAACACCUGAAGGGCUACAUUUGGCCCUUGGGCUUUAGAUUCCCCACCUUCUGCAAUAGAUGCUCAAGGUGUUUUUUCUUCAAAGUGAACGGUGAAUAAAUUAGCAGUGCUGUUCUGCCUCUCCUUCAUCCUUUAAUCAAUUUGAAUUUUUGUUUUACUGUGAGACUUUACAGUCGAACAUGCAGCAAACACAGCAUGAGAAUUUUACUGACGAGCCAAGAAUUUAUUCCUUGCUGCAGAGCCUAAUAAAUAGUGAAUAAUCGCUUUCUUUUUUAAAAAAAGAUAGGUGCACUAGCAAAGCGUGCUGAGGAACACAUUGUUCACUGACGACGUUCCAUCUUUUAUGCAGCAGAGUAGCAAAACGCCAUUCAGUGCCAGAGUCAGAGGAAAUGAGGCCAUAACUAAUGUCGCCAGCGAUCAUUAUGACAGGGGUCAUAAAUUCAUACAUGAUCCUUCCUGUCUCACUUUGCAGACUUCAUAAAAAAAAAAAAACCUGUAACACUUUGGGUAGAUUUUAUUUCUCUUUGGUAGCUGAGUUUUUGUUUUAGAGUGGGACUUUUUCAAACCAAUGUGUAUGUGAUUUCGAAAGUAAACAGAGAUUUUUGAGGUGAGGGAAGAUUAGGGCAGAAUCUACUUACAGCACAGCAAAGAUGAGCAAAACUAAAGAGGCAUUCAGGCACCACUACUCCGUUUUCCCUAUGUCUCCUAACCUAAUAAUUUUUUGCAUCGUAUGUGAUCUUUCACACGACAUAUAGAAGUCACUUUUGGAAAUCUAGCAGAAGUUUAGCACUCAUGUCCAUGUUAACUGCUUCCAGAAUAAAUCUGUUUGCAACCCCAUUAACCCAGAAAAAUCACAGGACAAAAUCUGGGGCAGAAUAUUCUUUCCUGACUUCAGGUGGGCCAGCAGAAACCACUACUGAUGUCAACAAACAAAGCCACCCUGACCUAUUCACUGGAAUUAUUGCCGUGCCUGGAAAUGGUUUAUGGAAAGGGACCUGAAGCCCCGUUAAAAAAGCUUGCAUGAGUUCAGAAUGUUUUUUCUGCCGGAGAAAGGGGGCGAGGGGCAGCAUCAUACACCAUGUGCCGCUUUGCCUCCCAAGUGAUUUGUUUCGCUGUAGCAAUAUUUAUCAUCUUGAUGAAAGAUGCCCUGGCUCUGAAGAUUGGAAAGGCUUUUUUGUUUUGCUUUGUUUUGUUUACCUGCUUAAUUUGAAGCAGCACCUAUACAAGGUACUGUGACAUCAACAUAAUAACCUGAAGCCAGAGGCAUCUGAAAAGAUUUAUUUCCAGAGCUCCUUUGCGGUGACACGCUUUUUUGCUUCUGACAUUCUCAAUUUGCAGGCCGCUGGUGAUCCAAUCUGAUUCCUUCUGACUCUUUAAUAAGGAUGUCAAUGCACCAGGCGGAGGCCAUUAUCUGAUAGCAUGGAAAUAAGAGGCAGAGUUAGUGAUCUCAAGGGGUGGCCAGCUCUUUCGCCUCAGAUGAGCUAGUCAAGGUCACCAGAAUGGUACAUUUUCUGUCUGUUGGCUUGUGUCGUACUUCCUUAAAUAUAUCCCUUUUGAGUGCAUCUGAGGAAACGUUUAUUAAUUGCUGCAUGGGGUGUUAAUGCAGGGACUUAGCAUAAAAAUAAUUUUAGGCUGCCAGCUGCACAUUACAGGUGAAAUUGGAAUGCAAAUGGAAGCUUACAAAUCACUCAGGAGACAGUGUAUCACAGCCUAGGUAAAUAUUACUAACAUCAAUGGGACUACUUGUGAGUAAAUUUGCAUAGUUGCAAAAUGGAAUAUUUGGCUAUAUCUUCCCCAGGCACCUUUGUUAAGCAGGCUAAAGAGAACCCAUCACUGGUGGUCUUAUUUUCACAAGGUGUGUAGCACGAAGGAUGAGGGAUUGUGUUGUGAUUGGCUGUUGACAUCCAUCAUAUCCUGAGUUCUCGUGUGCCACUGUGGACAUAUCAGUGGGGUGGGGGGAACUUGGUAAAAUUCAUUUCUGCUUCUUCGAUUGCCUCCUAUGGAGUUGAAUUUCCUUACACCUUCCCUUUUGGUGGUGUCAAUUCCACCUGGUUACAUGAGCAUUGCCAGUGGCCGGUGAGGGUUUGGGUGUGAUGAACCUGUGUCUGCCCCUCACUGCACCCUUUCCCUGAAUUUGCGCACUCCAUUUUCAUCCUGUUCAGUAUAUCCCAUUGGUGAGCAGCUGGGUUUUCAUAGGGAUGUGGGUUUUAUGUUAACAUGGGCUUCUUUGUGUGUCUGCCCCUCAAAACAGUAGCUCUUUGGAGCAAAUGGGCCUACUAUGUUGUAGUACGAGAUGUGGGAGAAAUUUGGUUCAGUUUGCAUUUAAAGGUGAACCUACAAAAUCCACACUUCCCAAAACAAUCUGCAAACCAAAACACAGCUAUCCUUUGAAACUGGCACUUCACUGAAUUCUGCAGUGCCAUUCUCCAACCAAGUAACAUGUACAAAAAUGCAUAUACUGGGGUAAAGGGUGGAUUAAAAUGCAUAUAUUUGUGAAAAUAUCAUACAAACAUGCAUUUUAUUGGGGGGCAUUGCUUUGCACAAUUGUGUGUAUUAGUGAAUGGACUUUAGCUGGUGAUGGGUGGACUGUAGCUCAUUGGUAGGAAUCUGCUUUUAAUGCAGAAGGUCACAGGUUCAAUCCCCAAGUGGUAAAAAAAAAGUGUGUAUUAGGUAAAAUUGCAUGCAAAAGUUCAUACAAGAGAAUAGUUGUUUUUUCAUGUAAAAAAAUCAUGAACUGAUGUGGAUAUGUGGAGAAUUAAACUGAAGACUGGAAAAAUUAAGAACUGAGAGAAACCAAAAUAAACCAAUUUGCCCAUCCCUACCAGUAGUAUCACCUCAACUCUCCCUCUUCCUCUCUUCCUCACUGGUGUGUAGCAAUUUAUCUGAACCAGACCAUCCCCAUCACUGAGUUUACCCACUUCACUGAAGGCAAGGCUGACACUAGCAUGUCGGAUUCUUCUGUGCUGGUAGCAGGUGUAGUGAUUGGAGCAGUUCUCUUCCUUUCCUGCGUGGCCAUCAUCAUCGGCAGCCUGCGAAAGAAUAGGUGCUUUCAACAUCUCCAGCUGAGAAGAGAUGCCAGUUACAGUAAGAGGACUGUUCUGAUUUUUUAAAUAACUUCUUCAAAAAUAUAGAUGUUCUGCAAACGUUUCCAGUGUGUUUUCCCACCAGCCCCUUUUCAUUCUGUUGCUGUCACACUUAGUUUGCAAACUAGAUACAGCAAAGCCAGGCUUUGUGUGUUUGAACAGGGCCUUUCCACUGGAUGGAGUGAUGCAGCUAAUUUGGGGUGGCAUGGAAGGGUACAAGUCAUUGGUUGUUUGACUUACAUUUAUUGCUUUGUACUCCCAGGGAGAAGCACUUGUAGGAUUUUCUGCCUCAGGUGCCAAAGUAACUUGGAAAGCAUUGGGUACCAGUGUGCUUUAAAUGUAUGGUGUGUAUGAGACCGUAGCGGCAUGAAAAUAACCUGGGAUUGGUGGGGAAAGGCGUAGAGACCAAUGCAAUUCACCAGUUUCCAGAGAUGAUUUAAGAAUUUCAUCCAUUCAAGAGCUCUCAGUCAAACAUGCUCUGCAGGGGUCUGGUUAUCCAGAAUGGUUUAUCAAUCCCUCUUCCCAGGGAACUCAUCAAUUGUAGCUUUGUGAAGAGAAUAGAAGUCUGCUAACAACUCUUGACACGCUUAGAGUUCCCAGGAUUCUUGAGGGGGAGUCAUGGCUGUUAAAAGCAAUAUGAGAAUGCUUUUUAAAAAUGGGUGGUGCAGAUGUGAUCUGUGGGGGGGGGGGGGGUUAGGUCUGAAAAGCAGCAUACAAAUUUUAAAUCUACAAAAUGCCUGUUUGCGGUGUUGUGAGACCAGUAUUUUCUUCUUUCUUCCAGCUCCAGAAUGCUUCUACGGUGGCUCAGUUGGAGAACUAAGAUCCAGUUGCAUAGAGGAGUUCCCUCCAGCCUUCUAUUUCAGCACUUAUGUGGAGACACAGGUCAAUGUCACCUGCCCCGACUCACCUCCCCAGUAAGCACCUUUCGAAUGCAUUUUUAUUACUGGGAUGAAUGGUGUGGAAAUGGGAGCUCUGCUGGGCUCAGUCCCAAUGUUCUUCCACCAGAAUAUGCUCUCAGCAUUGAGUGUGGGUGAGAGACACAGGCAGGGUCUCCAAACCCCAGUGGCUGCUAUAAAUGAUGUGGGAGAAACAGGUGAUGGGAAGGCAAUAAAGACCUACAGGUGGAAGUCUGUGCUGUGAGUAGUGAUGAGGGCAAAGGCAAGUUUCAGGGAUGGAGUGGGACUCAGGUCACAUGGUGCAUUUGAAACACAUUUAUACCACUUUUAACAAUCAUGACAUGUUAAGGGUGCUGAGAGCUGUAGUUCUGUGUGGGGUAAACUACACUCCCCAGGAUUCUGGCAACCUUGAAAUUAUUGGCUAUAAUAAAAAAUACAAUUGAAAAUAUUAAAUUAUUACAAUUUUAUUUAUUAAAUCAUUAUAUUUGUAUAAUUUAUUUUAAGAACUUAAAUGAAACAAGAAACCUUUUCCCCCAAAUGUUUUUAAUAGGUUUUAUCCAUCUAAGGCCUACUCAGAAUUGAGGAACCAGAGCCUAGGUUAGCCAUACCCAUUUAACCUCUGUGGAUCUACUCUGAGUAGGACUAGCAUCAGAUACCACUCAAUGUUUUUAACUGGUUUGGGGGUUUUUUGUUUUGUUUUUUGUUUUGUUUUAAUUGUGUCUUUUGCUAUUUUGUUUUUUUUGCUGCCCUGGACUCCUUCGGCAGAAUGGACGUUUAAUAAAUAAAUAACUGGGGUGGCUGUAGCUAUCUUCCUUUUAUAGAUUUCCAUUUGUUGCUCUUCUGCUGAGCACACGGUAGUUACAGCAACUUGUCAGGAUAAUAGAUGGUCUCUCUCGUUUAGCUCUUCAAUACAGUGGUACCUCGGGUUAUGAACUUAAUUCAUUCCGGAGGUCCGUUCUUAACCUGAAACCAUUCUUAACCUGAGGCGUGCUUUCUGUAAUGGGGCGUCCCGCUGCUGCCACCACGCGAUUUCCAUUUGCAUCCUGGGGCAAAGUUUGCAACCCAGAGCAACUACUUCCGGGUUAGCGGAGUUUGUAACCCAAAGCGUUUGUAACCCGAGGUACCACUGUAGAACAGGGUUAAAAGGACUGAAAAAUGAGGCUGUCUGAACAGUGUAGGGGCCCAGAAUUAUUUCGGGCAAAGGCAAAGACCACCCACACAUUACACCCAGUGCUUUUUUAAAAGGGGGUACUCAAUGGUAUGCAGUACCUGCACCUCUAUUCUUUUUUUUAAAAAGAUUAUGCCAUUUCUUUUCCUUCUCUGCCCCUCUCCGUGCCUCCAAGUAACCAUCUGCACUGCACAUUUUUUAAGCCGUAUCAUCCCAUUUUCAACAGUCAUAGCUUACCCCAAUGAAUCCUAGGAACUGAAGAUUGUUUCGGGUGCUGAGAGUGGUUAGGAGACACUUCUUCCCCUCACAGAGCUACAGUUCUUAAAGUGGUUUAACAAUCCAUCCCUCUUUUCCCAGGGAGCUCUGGGAAUUGUAGGCAGUUCAUUGUUCAGUGGCCUACUGCCUCUUAACAGUGAAGGCAGGACAUAGCCAUCGUGACUAUAAGCAUUGUAGAUACAGCUUCACUAGAUCAAGUACCAUGUAAAGCAGCCCUUCCCAACUUCCUCUGGAUUGUACCGAAGGAUUUCCAUGUUAUGGGAUCUGAGAAUCCACCCUGCUGCUUUUAAUGAAUAAAUAGCAUUAGCUUUCUGCCAGCCGUAGCUUUUUCAUUCACUAAAAAUAAAAGGUGUGGGUUUUUUAAAUAAUAAUAAUAAUAAAUUAAUUAAUAUAAUAUUUCCCGCCUAUAUUCCUCCAAAGGAAUGCUUUUCAAAAGUGCUCCCAUGGAUUAAAGCAUUAUGUUGUAGAAGUUGAUGAGUAAGAAAUGGAUUUUUAAAAUAGUUUUCUGAGGGUGGAAGCUGAAUGAAUAGUUUCCAAAUCACCAACAGAGCAGAGGAGGUGUGCCUUGUGUCUCAUAUUCUCUUUGGCACAGGUGGGCAAGAAAAACAAAAGAGGAGGGCUGAAUGGUGUAAUUCAUCUGAUGAAUCGAUUAAUAAUCACAAUCAGUUAUUUAACUACAGUUUUAGAAUGAAUAGAUAUCCAGUUGGAGUUAUUAUCGUAUGAGAAAGGCAAGCUGACUUGUCUCCUCUGGACAGCUUGAAUUCUUAAAUGAAUUGCGUGAUUGGUUUUUCACUCCACUGAUCCAAGAUGAAGAUUUGAAACAGAGCAGCAUCAAAUAGUAAUGAAAAAGUCAUACAUACACACACACACACACACACACACACACACACACACAACUUUAUUUAUUCAUUCGUUCAUUACUGGCAUCCUCAGGUCCAAAAUUGAAAACCCAGAGUUUGCUUUGUGUUAUAUGCAGGGAGUAGGGUUUUAAUACUGAAUUGCAAAAUUGUUUUUUCAAUUUUGCUAAGGUCCACUCCAUUUUAUGAAGUAAUACUAGCCAAACAUCUAAGGGUCACUUCACCACUUGCAAACUGUACAUUGCUUCUCAGGUCUACAACUGCAUAACCAAAUGGGGCUGUCAGGUCCUCACCCAGAAAUGAUCCCUCCAGGAAUGCUAAAGUGACAGGUAUUGAAACAGGACCGAAGUCACUGUAUGGCAGAGAAUUAGCAUCUUCUAGGGUUUAAGCCCUUGCAAGACACAGAUAACCACUCAACAGUUUGCAGGAUGAAUCUGAGCCAGUGUGUGUGUGUGUGUGUGUGUGUGUGUGUGUGUGUGUGUUUUCUGAAGAACGUCUAGGGCAGAAACACUAUUUAUAUAAAAUUCUAAUUGGGAAAUUAAUUUAUCAAAGAUGCCUUAGGGGUGUUUAAUAAUUUAAUUGCUUUGAUGUACAAAUGACUGAAAUCUCAUUUAGGACUCAAUUUGAUUAUCUCUCUAGAUGUAUCCCUAAUCGGUUCUCACACUAGAUUUAAGAAAAUUGCUACAGCUCUCAUUUGAGUUUUAUUUCUUUAUCUUUUUUAAAAAUCAUAAUCCUGCCAUGCUCACAAGGCAAUCAGAUGGAAGCCAUGCGGUCAAUUUGUCUUGACAACCCUAACUAGAUGGUAGUGAUAUCUAUAAUCGUCCCUUUAGGUGAAUUAAUGGCUUUCUCGUGGACCCAGGAUCUCUGUGAGCAUGGCAGAUUUAUUUGAUGUGAGAGGUAUUUUUAAAAAAUGGCAGAUGCAAAGUGGUGGUGGUGGUGUUGUUGUUGUUGUAAAGGAGGGUUCAAAUGAUAUCCGGCUGCCCUUCAUCAAUAGUUUCUGUUUUGUUCUGGUGCAGUUAAUGCUUCCAGGGGUCUCAACUUCCCAGAACAUCUGUUACAACUGUUUCCAUUAGAGUCUCAGUAAAGCCGUGCUUGGGGACCUGCACCCUUUCAAAUGUUGCUGACUAUAGCUGCCAUCAUCUCUAACCAUUGGUCAUGCUGGCUGUGGCUGAUUGGGGGUUGGCAGUCCAGCAACGUCUAGGUCACAUCCACACCAUACUUUUAAGUCACUCUAAUAUCACAGUCAUGAAUUAUUCUGGUAACUAAUUUAUUGUGGGUGCUGGGAAUUGUAGCUCUGUAAGGUGAGCAUCCUUAAUAAACCACAGUUCCUAGGAUUCUUGGGGGUGGGAACCAUGGCUGUUAAAGUGAUAUGAGUCCUUUAAAUAUAUGGUGUAAGUGGGAUCUUUGAGCCUGCAAAAUAAAACUGCCGUCAUAAAGUCUGUAGCAUAAAAUCCAUCCCAAUUCCCAGUCCCAAAAUUCAAAAUCUGAAAACCCACAUUCUGCAACCAACCUAUGCAAAAACGAUUUUCAGUGUUUCAUUCCUUCUGCCUUAGAAACAGAUGACAAAUGCAGCUAAAACUCAGCAAUAGAACAGUAAUGAAAAGAAUCCAAACUGAAGACAAAACAAAAAAUGAUUCAGACAAUAACAUUUGUUCCACUGACUUUAUUGGCAAGAUAGCAAGACGCUGAGUAACACUGACUUCCUUUUCUCCCUGCUACAACUGUGAAAUGAAAAGGUUAUCAUAUUGAAGCCUUGUUCGGUUCAUCAUUGAAAUAUUGUCCUAGACUGUUACUACCUAUGCGAACUGGCCAUUGACAGUGAGCUGGACACAUAACCACAUAACCCUUACAGAAAACAUCAACGUCGUUUCUUAGCUUGUACUUCAAAAAGCAUCAGGAUCAUCCUUCCCAUUUGUGUGACUGGAGAGUAGAUGCCCCAUCGAUCUCACCAAUUCUCUUGGAUCACUCAGCUCUAUGCUACCAGAAAUGGGGGAGAUCCUGACUAUGGAUCUCGGGUCUGGUUUGAGUCCAAGUGGGAUUGGAUUUUGUAUUCUGUACACACAAAUGCACACACCAACUUCUUAGAGCAUGCUCCAUGUGCUUUCUGGUUAUCAUGAUUUCCCUUUACUAGUUGCAUGAGAAGUUUUUUGUUUGUUUGUUUAUAUACUGCUUAAUUCCAGAAUAAGCUUCCAAGGAGUUUACAAAUAUAACAACCAAGUACACAAAAAUUUGAAUAUAAGCAUCCAUAAUUAAAACGCACCAUAAAACAUUCCCAUUAACAUGUUAGACUAUAAACAUCCGUAAUUAAAAUAUGCAAUGGAACAAUCCCAUUAAAAGAGCACAGCAAUUAAAAUAGGAAACUCGCAUCAAAAGAUCAAGGGGAUGCCUGUGUAAAAAGGAGCAUCUUCAAAAUUUUCUCUCUUCUGUGUUCUCAAGAUCAAAACUUACAAAUUUCAGCCUGUUUAGUAAGCUCUUUCAUGUUGCCUAGGUGUGUGUGUGUGUGUGGUAAAGUCACUUCCACUGAGACAUGACAAAUCACACUGCUACUACAAGCCGCCAAGAUUGGAAUCAGGACCUGCUAUGAACAUAUAUAGUAGCUGUCUAUGUGCUGGGUCAUUGAUCCAGCUAGUUCACACUGUCUGCCAUAGACUGAAACAAUUGUCUAGGCUCUUGGGCAGAAAAGGUCUUUCUCAUCACCUUGCAAGGGGAUGGACCAGAUGAUCCUCAGGGUCCCCUCCAGCUCUUCAGUUCUAUUAUUCUACCUACCUGGAAAUGUCAUGGCAAUGGAAGCUGGUCCAUGGGGCCAAUUGGGCAGAGCCCCACCAACCUCAGUGUGCCCCCAGCCAGCUCCCCAAAUAUCUGCCUCCUUUCUUACAUCCAGCCCAGAGAAUGGCACUGCUCAUCAGCCUCCUCCUUAGUCUCAGUGUUGCCUUUAUAGUCUCAGUGUUGCCCCACCUGCCAUUGGCUCUGGCUCCCUGCCCUCCACCCUACCAGUCCCAGUGGGAAGCUGCCACCACUGGGCAAUGGAUUGAGACCUUGCCAGUAUACAUAGCAUGUGCUCCGUCACUGAGAUAUUCAGUUCUGAGAUAUUCAACAGUUCUGUUGGAAGCAGCAACUCCCAUCCACCUCUCACACACAUGUAUAUUAUAACGCAAUGCUGUUUUUUAAAAAGACAAUUCUAAUGGAAAUCUGACAUCUUUUCAUCGUAGGGUUAUUAGAAUCCCAUCAUCUCUUUAAAAUUACAGUGAAGGACAUUUAACCUACCAUUCUGUCAACUGGUGCCUGGGGGUUGGGGUAGGGAACCUAAAUUAGCAUGUUUCACACAGAUAACAGCCCUCUACCUCAGUGAAACUAAUUCUGGAGAUCCUUUUUUUAUGGACUCUUUGAUAACUUCUUAUUGUGGGCUCUUUAGGAAAUGGCACAGCAUCCUUGUUCCUAAUAUAUUCCCAGCUACUUUUGUUGCAAAAAUGCUUGCCUCAUCAACUUUGUAUUCCUCUAGCCCCCCACUUCCUCAUCGUAUCCUCCCACCCCACCCCUGACUUUCUCCAGGGGUCUUCCUUCUGUCAUUGCCAGCUUCUGAAAUGCAUCCUAUGUUUCAUUACCUCCAAAAGGUAUAUCUGAGCAGUGUUCACAGCUUUUUGAAACCUUAAUUGUGCAUUAGAAACCAAUGAAGCAGACUCCUUACUCAGGAGCCCACAGGGAAUGAACAUUUGUAUGUUCAGAAAGCAUUAAUCCUGCAUUAGCCUCAAGGUUAUGGACUGCAGUGAAUUAGAACAGCUUGGUUUUGAUUGCUCAAACAAGAAUUAUAACCCUAAGACUGCAUUCCUGUGCAUACUUACAUCACUGUCAUCAGUGGGACCUGUAGCAAAAUCUUGCAGUGUGGAGUCUGUUUCCCCCAACAACAGUCUGCCCUGCAUUCCAGUGGUCCUCAUUGGGCUGUUUCAGGAAAUUCUCCCCAGCUGAUAUACCUCCCUCUUUUGUGCGGAUGGUGUCAUUUUAGUUUUUAAAAAGCAACAGGACACAGAGCCUGAACAUCAGAAAUCAAUAGAAUGAUAUGUAAUAACCUAACACUGAAGUAAUCUGCUUCUUGUGACUUGGUAUUGGAGGGUGGGGAUUCAGUACAGAUCACAUUUGAAGGCAAACCUGCCAAAGUUGCAUUUUCCAAAACAAUAUAGAAUCAUAACACAGCCAUCCUUCAGGAUUUGCCAAAUUUUGCAAUGUGUACAAAAAUGCAUAUACAUGCAUGUACACAAAAACACAUAUAUUUGUGAACACAACAUACAAAAAAUGCUUUAUAUUAGAGAACAUUGCUUUGCAAAAAAAAAAAAGUGUAGAUUAGGUAAAACUACAUACAAAAAUGUGAUUAUUGGAAUAAUUUUUUUCCAAAAUGCUGCUGAAUUUUCAUGAGAAUUUUUUUUUUAUUACAUAUUGCUGUAGAAAUAUGGAGAAAUGAAUUUAAGCUUGGGAAAAAUGAAAAUGGACGGAUCUAUCCCUCCCAACCUAAGAGCAAGUGCUAUGAAUAGAUAGGCCAUCUGCUAAAACUUUUCUCCCUGUUUGUCAUUUCUUCUUCUCUUGUAAGCACAAUUCUCCUCUGAUAUUUAUGUGGCAAAGGUAACCUGAGGCUCUGUUUUCUUUCAGCUAUGAUGAGUGUGUGGGGCCUGGAGCUGUGCAAAUCUGUAUUCCUACAGAUGACCCUCCGCCUUACUCCCUGAUAGACCCUUGUCGAUGGAAUGACUCUGCUAUAAACAUUCCCUGGGAAGAAGAGGUGACUCCAGGGGCUGCAGGAGAAAGGGAUGCUGGGUAUUUGGUCGGACUGCAGGGCCUGCCGCAACCCAUCCCUUCCAUUUCCUUAUCCUCGUCAUUCCCGAUGGAAGCUGCCCCUCCCUACGAAACUGUUGUGUGUGAACAGAACAUCCCUAUUCCACUGGUCCCACUGGAUUUACUGAAAACCUCUACGGAACACUAUCAGACUUUUUUCAACAGAAUAAUGUAAAAGGGCAAUGAUUCCUGACCUGUGCUUCUGAAGGAAUCCUUCAAGACUAAGAAAGGGUGAUAACCUGGAAUGAUAAUCACCCACCUACCCAUAAUACUUAACAAAACUUUAUCUAUUUUCUACUUGUGGAUUUUGUUUUUACAGGGGAAAAAUAUGAAAGUUUACCUGCACAUUCUUCUUUGUGUUUUAGAUUGUUCUUCUCCCCCUGAAAUGUAAAACAAUAAAUGCAUCUACUAGGGCAGUGGUUCCCAAACUUCCCUCCACACCCAAUGGACCAAUUGACAAUCUUAAUGAUUGUUCUGCGUAUUGUAGCAACUGAAAUGCUCUGUACUAGAUGCUGUACAGCUUUUAAAUGUAUUUUUAUUGCUUCUUUUCUUUAUUGUAACAUAUUGCAAAAUAAAAGAAGCAAUAACAAUACCAUCAAAAAUCAAUCUGGAUAUUUAAUGCAAUGGAUGUGCCAUCUCCCGUCUUCAACCACAAAUCCACAGACACACCUGAGUGAAGCUUGGUCCAUGGGCCACAGUUUGGGAACUCCUGUGCUAGGGUAUCUCCUGUAGGUCUUUUUGUAGCAUUUGAAAGCACAUCUGACUAAAAUACUUCUAAUGUUGAUGUAUGUCAUACGGUCAAACCUAGUUGUCAGGUUUGUUACAGUGCUUUGCAUGUCUUAGAACAAAAGGAAUAUAUGAUAAAGGGGUUGCAUCUAUCUUUUUAAGAAUUGUUAGUAGAUGUAAGCCAGUGACUUAGUAAUAGGAGAGGAUUCAGUGUUUCAUUUAGCUGUAGAGUUCAGCUCAAGAGAGAUAAAAAGAUAUCCUUAGUUUGUAUCAGAAUAUCCCCAUUUUAUAAAUAGGGAAAUGUUUGUGUAUUUAAGAGAAUGAGACAGGAGGCUUCCCAGUUAAAUUUCUAAGCUAACCCGGUUCCAAACCGAAAUAUUAUAUCUAUUUUCUGUCACAAACCUUUUCCCCUACCCACCUCAGUGAUCAAGCUGUCUGGGGAGAUUUAUUGUGAUAUGAGACAUGAUUAUUAUGUUGCAUACCAAAGAACUGGAAAGCAAAAGAAAAUAUGCAUUUCCCUAUUUUUACUGGGAGAGGUCUUACUAAAAAGAGGCAUGUGAUGCAAUCAUUUGAGUGCUGAGUUUGGAAUAUAGAAGAGCUGUGUUCAAAUCCCUUCUUAUUUCCACAGCUUCCUAGGUGGCCUUCAGCAAAUUGCUAGCUUUGUAGCCUCUUCUCCCUCACAGGAUCACUGGGGCUAAAAAGCAGCUCUUAUCUCCUUAUUUUCUGCAUAAGACCAAGGUACAUCUAGCCCAACAUUUUGUUUCUGACAGGGACAAAUCAGCUGUCUCUGACACGUUCACAAGCAGCCAGGCAUAUAGGUGAUGGAUCGCCUUGCCUUAUUGUGUCCCUGGUGUCUACUAUGCAAAGGUAUACUGCCUCUGCUUGUGAAGAUCAUGUUUAGCAAUUGCACCUAACAACUACUCAGAGCCAAAGUAGAGUUGAUGUUAAAUGUGUAUUUGCAUGUAAUGUGCAGAGUUCUUUUUUUAAAAUGCAAACAGUGUCAACUUGGAGUGGGGUUGUAGCAGCUGAUGAUUAUCAGGGUCACAGCAGGGGUGGAAGGGUGAUUUAACAUUUUCCUCCCCUGCUGCAGUCUAGGGGGAAAUCCCAAAGCCAAUAUUUGUGCUGGGGGGGAGGGAAUGCCAAUAGAGCAGGCAUAGGCAAACUUGGCCCUCCAGAUGUUUUGAGACUGCAGUUCCCAUCAUCCCUGACCACUGGUCCUGUUAGCUACGGGUGAUGGGAGUUGUAGUCCCAAAACAUCUGGAGGGCCGAGUUUGCCUAUGCCUGCAAUAGAGUACCUAUAUUGUGUCCCCCUGAGCAAGUCAGGUCAGGAGUUGCAGAACCACGGACAGCACCAAGUGAGCAGACAGCCUUUUUACAGUCUCUGCUCCCAGACUACCUCCCCCAGGCUCCACCCUCUUGUAGAUAACUUUAACUUCUUAAAGGGCCUACCCUCUGGCCUGAAGACAGGCACUCAUCCUCCAUUCCAUCGCCUCCCUUCCAGUGUAUGCUCUACACUGCUGGACCAGUGACCAUCAGGAGGCACUGGAUUUCUUAGGCUCAGGAAAAGAUGCUAGUGGAAGUCCUGGCUCUGACUGCAGGCCCUAGUGGUAGGGAAUGGCUCCUGUCUGGCAAGCUUGAGGGGGUCUCCUGAUCUCCAAGAGCAGGCUCAAAGCUGUGAAUCUAGUCUUCCUCUGUAGCUGGAGACUCGUAAGCCCUCCAGCUUUGAGCCUUGAUCACUGCUGGACUCUGAGGUCAUGACAAAUAGCAGCUCCAGAGAAGAAGAAAAAUUCAGGAAGGAAAAGAGUAAAUUCCCCACUUGAGACCUGCUACCACCCCAAUGCUUCUCAGUCCCUGCCCCAAAGCUUUAUUUGAGCCUUUAAAAAAAAAACUUGUAUAUUAAAUGCCAAUUUUAACAUCAUGUCUAACUUGGCCCUCAAAUUUCUCCAGUUGCCUUUAUAAAGCAAUGGAAUGCACAAAUCUGACUGGAAGGAGCCAGUGUGAUGUGCUGAACUAGAAACUUGAGAAGCUGCAGGUUCAAAUCCCUACUCAGUAGUGAGGCUUCCUCGGUGACUGUGAGCCAGUUGCUCACAUCUCACCUACCUCACAGGGAUGUUGUGAGGGUGGGAAAGGUGCAAAAGAGACUGUGCCCAAGUUUCCUGGAAGGGCAUCAGGAUAAAAAUGUUGUUUGUUGUUGAUGGCUGGUGAUUAACAGUACUGUAACAUGCAAUCUAAACCCCACAAAGACAUCCAGAUUAUCUCAUAACCUUGCUCCAACAGGUGGAUAUAAGGCAAGGGUUUUUCAGAUGGUGUUCCAAAGAAUUUUGGGAUGUUCAGAAGAUUAUCAUGGGCUCCUCAAUGGAUCAUGGAUUCACUUUCACCAGAAAAAGGUUCUACUUGGUUGCAGCACCAGAACUUUGGAAAGCCCUUUUACAAGCUGUUUGUUUAUCCCUCUCAGUGAUAUAAUUUUGUAACCAAGUAAAGACAGUUUUAUGCUUCCAUG